GAAUAUCUGGCCACCAAACAAUACGAUGGCUGUAAGAUGGAGUACGGAACAAGUAGUUGCAGAAUUCAAAGAUUUUCAGGUUAAAUAAACCCCUUGAUUUCGGCAUUGUAUAAUCUUAAUAAAUGCAUUAAUUGAAAUUAGUACCUUAUUAUUGUCAGCAAUUAUGACUCGGGGGUCAACGAAAAAGUUUAUUAUUUACAUUUCACUUGAACUAAGAUGAGAUAACUCGGGCUAAAAUUAAAUUUUAAGUAAAACAAACCCAAUUUUAAAUACUUUAAACCCUUUUUAUUUAGUAAUUCUAUAUUCUUUUUGUUUUACUCUCAGAAUUUUAGUAAUUUGUAUAUUAUAUUAAUUCGAUUACCCGAUUUUUUUUUCCCCCCCCCCCUUUUUUUUAGCAAGUUCAACAACCCCCCCCCCCCUUUUUUUUUCCUGUUGCACAAUUUUCCCCUCAUAUUAAUUUUUUUCUUUUAAAUCAGAUGAGUUGCCAAAAAGAUACUCGGUUUAACUUAACACUUAAGAUUAGUUGACCUGCAGAAUGCUUUUCUCCCUUUAUCCAAUGGCUUUCUAAAAUCACUCACAUUACUCAAAAUCACAACAUUCACUUGUUAAUCACCAUAGUCAUAGCCGUAGCCAUAGACCAUAGAUGUUGAACAUCCAUCAGUUAUAUAUGUGUAGGAGUAGGAUUGUAUUUGAUUUAAAAUGAUUUCUGUCACUUUGCUUGAUUUGGGAAUACUGAAUGUAAUCCCUCCUUAGUUUUGUCCAUUAAAAUUGAUCAUGACCAUUUUAAACAUCGGCUUGUUGCUGAAGCUGAAUCCUUCUGUGGGUGCACAGAUGGCUAAUCAGGCCAAUUCUGGCACAAUAUGUUCUGGUGCAGGGGAUGGAUGGGAUAGCUCCAGAUACAGAGUUAGCUCAGGCUUUUCUGGCUUAACUUUUGUGUUCUGCAGCAGCUAUUCUGUUAGCCUAAUGUUGCAUUGAGCCCUUGAGUUGCAUAUAUAUAGAACCCCUGCUGACUAUUUCCAAAAACAGGAGUGUGAUGAUAAAGAUUAUUAAAAUUCAAUAUGAGUACUUUGAUACCCAAUCAAUGAGGACAAGACACGUGUGACCCAAAUUUGAAAUCUGCCAACUUUGCAUGUGGCUUUAUGCUGACUUAAAGUAAGGACUGUAAUAUGGAAUUGCCAUAAAUGGUAUUGCUAAAAGGAUCAUAAAGAUUGUUUGAUGGUGCUACACAUCUUUCCCUCAGUUGUAUUAUGGACAUUUCAUUACGAAGCAUUUCUCUAUUACUGUUUUCUUCAUUGUUUUCUAUAAUAUAAUCAAUUUACCUUGAGAAAACUAUAAAAAUCUCCUGUGACCUGCUCAUAGGCCAGCCACCCCCACUUAUUCCCCGGAAAAAUUUUUGUUAAAAGUGAGCUGAUUAAUGAGUAUAAAUGGCAAUUAGUUUUAUUUUUGAAUAAUUUUGUUUAAAUCAACCAUUUCAAGCUUACUGUGACAAAGAACUGUCAAAUAAGAUAUAGUUAUAAAGUCUAAUAAAUUUAUUUUCAAUUUUUCAGGCCAGUGCCAUGGCCGUAGACUGUGUUGGACAAUGGGCACUUCUGGCUGGGUUUGUUAUUUUUUAUUAACUUUAAUUUGUCAGAGUAAAUUAUAUUAGCAUUAUAAGCAUGAGACUGACACAUUGCAUCCAAAAAUAUAUGAUUUUAUGCAAAUUACAUUCAUUUAAUUUUUUUACAAAUGACCUUUUAGUGUUUUGGAGUUUAAAAUAUUUUGGUUAUUACCAUUUGUUGCAAUUAUUUCCUCAGACGUAAGAAUUUGGCAUUUGUGGAUCUCAACAAACCAUCUCAGACGGUUGUCAAAGUGACAAGACAGAGUAAAUGGGACAUUGGUUGUGUUCAGUGGAACAGGCAUGCUUCACAUGCAUACAGAUUUGUGACUGCAGUAAGUUAAAGGCAUUAAUUUAUCUUUGUAACACCUCAGAUAUUUAUCUUCUUUGAUGACUUUCUUUUUUCAAGAAAUGAAAUAGAGCUCCAUAAUCUGAAAUAUUCAGGUAUUUUCAGGUAUGAAUGUUGAAAGAAUUUUUCAGAACAAAACAAUGUAUAUUAACAUUAGCUUCUUUAAAUUGAAUUUAGGAAUUCUUAAUAACUCUUUUAUUAUUAAAUGAGAAGGAUAGUUUUAAAAUAAUUGCUUAGAAUGGGGAUUGAUGGAACCCAAAACAUUCACAUUAUCUGAAGGAUGGUUUAAUCAGCAACCCAAUACCAGAAACAUCUCAGAGGCAUCAAUUAAAAUUCAUUUUGGAUCUGUGUUAUGCUUGCAACAAUGUUAUAUAUUGCUUUAAUAAAAAAAAUUAUAACUUUAUUUAUUUUGAAAUAUUUACUUUUUGCUCUCAAUUUCUUAUAAAAUAAAACUUACAGAGUAGCGGACACCUGAAAGAUCACAAAACAAACACACAUUUCAUCUGAUGGCAUUCAAGAGCAAUACAAAAGUUGAGAACAAAGACAGACUGAGAAUAAGAAUAAUAAUUAUCUGAGACAGUUCCUCUGUCUGUUAGGCAUUUCAGCUCUCUAUGAUAAGCAGAACCAAAUAACAUUUCGCUCAUUUCAUUUUUUUAGGAUAAACACACUAUCAAAUAGCAUUUCAUUCAAAUUCAAUGAAAGGUUUUAAAAAAAUAGCACAUCAUUCUGUUUUAUAUGUGUUUUUCAUACAUAAUUUCUGAUUUCAGUGUAACCAGAGACUCGAUGUUUUUGAUUUUCGAGAUGCAUCUGCCGUCCACCUUUGCUCUCUAAAAGCGCACUCAAGGACAGUUAGGUAAAUAGAAAUAUUUAUUAGUUGACCCUUUCUAAAAUAUAUAAGGACCAUCUUGUAUUGUAGUUUUGAGAAAAUGUUCUGAAUUUUUAAAUGGAUUAAUUUUCUUUCCUAUAAACAUUUCAAUAAGAAAAUAUGCUUGUCUUGUUCCUAUAAAGAAUUAUUAAUAAUAUUCUCUGAAUCUGAAAAGCUGGGGUGGCCCACUAAAAUGUUUAUAACGGUCCUCAAGACCUUCCAGUAGCUGAAUUAAUGAUUUUGUAAAAUGUACUAAUUAUGAAUCAUUAUCUGUAAAAGCCUUUGAAAAUUAAUAAUCCCAGUAUCAACAUUUCAAACUUAUAAUAGUAAUCAUAGCAAAUUUUAAAUUAUUCCACUACUUAUUUGUGAACUGAGCUUGGAUUAAAAUUUUGAAGAUCAUCUUUAAUAAUAUAAUUUAAAAAUAUCAUGCGGCCCACCAUGUGCGAAAAGGUUCCUCGUCCCUGCUCUAAAGUAUUAUGUAUGUCAGUUUUCUCCAACUUGCGUACAUGUAUCAGCCACACUAGAUUUUUUAAAUUGACAUUUUAAGCCUUGUGAAGUUUAUUAAAACAUUGGGCAGACAGUUUAAUUGUAAAUCAAACUAUUAGACUUGAAUUUCUACAAUGGCUUUUGUCCUAUGUAUAGGCCUUACAUCUACAAAAUCUUCGGACGGCUAGAUGACUCACUUCCCUUCAGCAUAUCGAGCUGAAACAUGGUACAUAUACUCGUUGCCGAUAACAACACAUUCCAUCAAAUUUUCAGCCCCAGCCCCCAAACACUAAUUUUUCCACUUUUUCAAGGGGAAGAUGAAAGAUAUAUGACACUGAUUUCAAGGAAGAAAAUUCCGGAUAACUGCACUAAAUGAGUUUCUUUUUUUUUUUUAACUCGCAAGUGCAUUUGGUGUGUAAUAUUUUCUUUUGAUUUUCUGAAAUAGUUAGUGAAAUAAAUCUGCGCUGUAAAAGCUGUUGGGUCAUUAGAAUAUUUAUAUAGUUCUNGGGGGGGGGGGGGGUGGGGGGUUGUUAUUAAUUGAGAAUCUUAUAAGUGCAUUAAUUGUAGGCAUGUUUUGUAAAAUUUACACCACCACCCGGCUCUAUGUUAAAUUUUAUAAAGAUUUUACCGCAAUACUUUGUUUUUAGGGUUUGUUUGAUUUCACAUACUUAGUUUUUUUACAUACUUAAAUUGCUGUAAAAUAAACCAGCAGACUAAUAAUAUUGUUUUAUAAUAAUCUAGUGAUAUUGACUGGUCUCCCUUUGAUGUCAAUGUAGUUGCCUCCUGCUCAGUGGAUACCUUCACAUAUUUUUGGGAUGUAAGGUGCGUCACAUUGUUAGUUUUCCUAUUACCCGUAUUUCGAUACUUGAAAUAUUCCAAAUGUAAAUGACAUAAAAUAUAACAAAAUAGAAUUACACUUUUCUACAUUUUAAUGGAGUUUAAAUCAAGAUUAAGAAUGAAUUAUUUUUUUCCCCAGAGAUUCAAAGAAGCCUGUCAAGUCAUUUCAAACAGUUUGUAAGUUGCCUUUGUUCUAGUUGCAUCAAGGGUUACACUGUUUAAUUGACAUAUAAUUGGUGAUUGUUCAUUACUCUAAUUAAUUGACAGAUAAUUGAUGAUUGGCUAUUACUCUGAUUAAUUGACGGAUAAUUGAUGAUUGGCCAUUACUCUGAUUAAUUGACAUAUAAUUUGUCUAUAUGUUGAUUGACAGAUAAUUGCGGAUUGGUCUUAAUCAGCCUUCAGGAAAUAUUUUCUGUAUAUCAGAUUUUAUAAAUAUUUAAACAAUAUGUGAAUAUGACUGAGCUUUUUGGAAACAAAAUCUUCAUUCCUUAUAUUUGCUCUCUCCAGCUGGAGCUUAUCAGGUAAAAUGGAACAAAGUAACCAAUAAUCUCUUUGCUACAACACAUGACGGAGAUGUUCGAAUCUGGGACCCUAGGGUGAGCUUUUUUUGGAAUGUCAAUAGUUCUAAAGUUUGGGAUGAGUCUGAAUUCAAAUAAUAUCAAAAGUUAUAACAAUGGGGAUGAUGCUGACUAACCUUUGAUGUAUUUUUCUUUUUCACGUUAAUUAUCUGUCAGCUGUAAAUAUGUUGUGAUCCUGUUCUUACUUAUUUCUGUUGUUUCUACUCCCAAUACACCAGAAGGGAAACACACCCGUCCAGUACAUAUCUGCUCAUCCCUCCAAAAUACAUGGCUUAGACUGGAGUAACACUGACCAAAAUAAACUGGUUACAGCUAGUCAAGACUGCAAUAUUAGGGUGAGAUGCUGGAUUAACUUUAUUGGGUUGGAUACAUGGCAUUUCAGUUUGGUAACACUGAACUUGAUGAGUCAUAAAUCGAGGACUAUGAUAAGGAAUAGGCAUAAAAGAUAUUGUUAAACUGCCAUAGAGAUAGUUUGAAGAUGCUGCAGCUCUUUCCCUCAGUUUUACUAUGUACAUUUCAUUACAAGGCAUUGGUCUAAUUUUAUCACAGGUGUGGGAUUACAACAACCCAAGAAAAAGUGAGGCGAUGAUCAACUCAGGGAAUCCAGUGUGGAGAGCAAGAUAUACAGUGAGAUACUCAUUUGAUCCUUUCAUAAAUUAGUGGUUUACUUAUGUGAAUAUUUCUUGUUUGCUUUAUUAUUGAGACCCAACUGCGCAUAUUGCACAAACUAUAAAAAACAAAAACUGCUUCAUUCUUUAAAUUUAAAACAUAUAAACACAUUACAUCCACAUAAAGCAUAGAGUAAAAAUAAACUUCUCUCCACUUGUCAUUUUUCUCUGAUACGAUUAAACUUACUGUUAUAAGUUUGAAAUGUCAUUGUAAAGUCAAACGAUAUUGAUUUUGCUUUGUUAACUCUCUUGAGUAAACUGGGUCGAUCUAUCUCCCCCAUGAUAACAAGCCUUGAGAUCAGCUAGCUGGUCUUCCUAUUAGCUAUUCAGAUUGCUUCUCGCAUUUCUUGCUCAUCUUUGCAUUUAAAUGGCAGCUUCCAUUGAUAGACUAUGGUGUUUUGUCAAUUUAUAUCAAUUUAUUUUGGCAUUAUAUGACUCUCAUAAAUGCUUAAAAAAUCUUAGCCCCUAAUCAUAUGCCACACAGCAUAAGCACCCCCAGUGACAUAUUAUUUUAUGCAGUUCAAAUGUUUUUUAACACUUAUUUAGGGUUCAACUCUCAAGUGUAAAAAAAAAAUUGCGUUCAUAAAUUAUGCAAUUCAGGAUAUCUCAUUUGCAUAAAUGUUUUGAUUUCAGUUUCUGUAUUAUGACAGCUAGCUUAAUUGAUGGAAGAAUGAUCUCUAUUUACAUCUCAAUUGCUAUCAAAUUCAUCAUCUAAGUCCAUAUUUGACAAAAUUGCAAUUGAGUGCUAUAAAAUUCUAAAUUCUCAGAAUUUUUUAAAAAUCUGACUUAAAUUAAACAAGCUAUUUAUAAUUAAAAUUAAAGUUUAUUCAUUUAGGAAGGAAGUAAACAAGUUUGAAUGACUGUGCAUCAAAGGAGAGAAUAUUCAUGCAUUUUUCUUGUUGCUAUGUUAUAUGGAUGAUAUUGGCAUCAUGUGGAUAUAAAAGUGUUAAAAAAAUAUUUUUAUGAUAAUUAUAAUUUUUAAAUAGAAAAUUAUUUCGGCUGUUUUUAAAUAAAAAUUCUAUUCAGCCUUUUGGUGAAGGAGUGGUCAGCGUGGUGGUACCCCAGCUGAGAAGGGGAGAGAACAGCUUGUAUCUCUGGCAUAUCAGAAACCAAGCUUCCCCUGUACACACGUUUGUUGGACACAAAGAUGUUAUUUUGGAAUUCCAGUGGAGGAAACAGCCUGAAGGUGAGAUGUGCUGUGUGUUCAUUUCUCAAACUUGCAAUUGCACCUUAAUAUACUGUGUUUUCAUUUUUCAAACUUACCAAUGCUUUCUACAAUCAAUUUUUUUCAAUAAUUUGAAACAUAAUGGCAACUUGACUUAUCAGAUUUUGAAAUGAAAUUAGUAAAUGACCAAUCUAUUUAACAGAGAUAAUUUUUUGGGCAAUAUAUAACAUUUACACAUUUGUAUCAAACACUGUUUUUUUAUAAUACAGCGGGACCUUGGAAUCCUAAAUUAAUCAGUUACAGAACCCCUUUCGAGUUCCAAGGCAAUUUUCCCCUUAAAAAUGUCAAAAUAGUAGAAUCUGGAUUAAUCUGUUCUUGGGUCUCCAAAAACUUUGGGUCCCAGCCCCUAUCUUUAAGUCUCUGACCACCCUCACUGGCUUGAAACUUCUCCUUCGUACUUAGCAAUUGUACUUAAGUUUUAUUACAAAGAGAAAACAUCUGCGCUUUGUCAUGUCUAAAUAUUGACAUUAUUUGAAUUCAGCGUCGUCCCCAAUGAAAACAGUUAUAGCAAAAAAUUUUGCUGCGAUUUUUCAUUUGGAUUCCAGUUUGUUCAAGUUCUGGCGCAUUUGAAUUCCAAUGUCCCACAGUACAAAGUUUGAUUUUAUGAAUUAUAUAUUAGGUUGUAAAUUAAGGAACAAAUGUUGCUUGAAUAGUUUCCCUUGCCUAUAUCUGUGACAUUUUCCCACCACCCACCUUAAAACUGAGUUUCAUGUUUUAUUCUAGAAUUUCAGAGAAAAAUAUUUUUUUUCAGGAACAUGUUCAUUACAAAAAUUAUAUUUAAUAUACUGCUUGUCAGACAGUCUAAACAAAUGUUAAUAUUUUUUAGCACCAAGAAUUUUUCUAAUACCUGGUACCAAAAUCAGCUUUUAGUGCUAUUUAUAUAGAUAUUCAGUAAAUUUAUGUAAAAAAUGUUGUGGUACUCUUAACUUUUUGAAAUAAAUGAAUCUACCGCCAAAGAAUUGUUUAUUGGAAUGCUUAUGCUAAUUCAUACUUUUAUAAUGUCAUUAAUUUCUUUUACUACUCUUUACGGCGUAUGCUAUGUUAGUGUUUGAAGAAAUCUUACUUAUUUAGACACAUUAUUCACACUAUAAUUCUGAUCACCUCAGGUGCUCGGGAUCAUCAAUUGGUUACAUGGUCCAAAGAUCAAAGCCUCAGGAUUUGGAAGGUGGAUCCAACUAUGCAAAAGGUCAGUUAAUUUAAAGUGGGGGAGGAGGGGGGUGUUAUCCCAACAGGCAUAAUUAUCCAUUUAAGAUAUUCAAAACGCAGUAAAAUCCCUGACCUGGACUAAUUGUAACCAUGUGUAGUCCCAAUAUAAAAAGACUGGAUAGUAUUCAAGUAGCCUUAAAACUGAGACUUGAACACCCAACAUUUAAUAAUUUUAGUUUACUGCUAGUGUGACACUUGGACUAAGACUCAAGAUUUGGUGUUAGGAGUGUAUGUGACAAGAAUGUGAUUGACGGUGUUUUGAUCAGGCUCCACUUUAUUACAAAGGUUAUGUAUUUAUGUUCUAGUAGAACAAAGUAAAGAGCAAUUACUUUGUUUAUUUGCUGUAAAUACAAAGCUCAGCUGAACCAGAAGCCAAACACCAUUCUUAACUCAUCUCGUCACAAAAGGGAAUUAAUGAAACGUUUCAAAUAAUGAUUUCUCAAAAUAAAAAAAUAAAAAAUCGUAAUAAGUACAAUUAUGUAGAUAUUGAACUUUAAAUAAAUUUUAUUUAAAAGUGAAAACAUCUAUGUUAUGUCAUUCUCGCCACCAGAGGUGCUCUGAAAAUAAUUAAAAUAGUCAAUUCUAAAAAUGAUGAAAAAUGAAGAAGAAGAAAAAAAAGAGGAAAAUUUCGAUCAUUAAAAUGUUUAAUUGAUGAGAGCAAACAUAAAUUGGACACAACGAUUUCAUUCAGUGAGUUGAAAAGUCAAAUACUCUCAAAUCCAGACAUUUAUUUUUUGAUUAAUUUAAAUCAUUGCUUUGGCAUUUUAAAAUUUCUUUGUCAGUUUUGUAAAUGCAUCACAGAGAAAUUUGACAUUUCUGUAAUAUAAUAAAAAAUAAAAACAUUUAUCUAUUUUAUUGUUUUAUUCUAUUGGGAUAUAUUGUAAAGAAAAUUUUCAGCAGUGUUUUGGAUGAGAGGGGUGGGGGGGGGGGGUCUUGACACCACAGAUUAACUUGCUUAAAAAGCAAUGUAACAUCUAAGUCAUUAUGAGGCCUGAAUCCCCUUAAUUUAUAAUUCUUUUGUCAUUAGCUCCUUGCAGGAAUCUUUGGAAAAAUAUCCUUAAAAUUGCAUGUUCAUGAAAGUGAAUGGCACACUCAAACAUUUUUACCCACUGUGGUUUAUAUUUUUUAAAUAUUGUGCUACAUCUCAACAGUGUAGUGUAGAAAGCCAAGCAUUUACUUGUCUAUACUAAUGACAUCUGCUCAGUUGAAGUUUUUACAUAAACAUUGACAACAUUUGACGGAUGUGGGAUAAUUCCUUAAAUACAAACUCAUUGGAUAUUGCAGUGAGCUCCAAACUUUCACGAUAUCCACUAAGACCAGGUUUUCUGAAGGCCUCUGUGCUUAAAGAAUUAUUUAAGGGUUAGGUAAAAAUAAAGAAAACACUUAAGAUGUCAAAAAAUGUAACUGAACAUUUUCUACUGAUGAUAAUUAUGUUGGAUGAUAAAGAGGAACAUCAAUGAUGAUUAAUUAGAAUAUUAGACCCAACUUGAGUAACCAAAAAGGCAAAUAAAAUAAUCCGUUAAUAAUAUUUAAUUAUUACAGAAGUUAUGCUGUGGGGUUUAGCUUAUAUGAGAAGUACACAAUUUUGCCAUCUGAAUCUAUGUGAGAUGCGAGGGUGUCCAGUACAAUCUCAAUAUAUUUAUGUUUGCAAUACACUGAGAUAUUCCAAGCAUGAGUUGACCUAAAAUUUUAGACACUUUGCAAUUACAGUGAUAAGGUUUCACUUGAGUGUCUAUGUCAUACUUAGCAACGGGGCAUAUAUUCACUCUAAUGAUAUGACUAUUGUGCUUAUGCAAGCCUGCACCAGGUCUAAGUAAGACUUUGAAGCAUGGUAGUAAGUUCAACUAUAAAAUAUAAUGGCUAAUGGGAUACUGGUGUACACACUAAGGUUAUUUGAGUCUUGAACACAUUUCAGUAUGUAUAACUAGAAUGAUAUAAAUUUUAGCUGUUAGUUGUAAACUUAGGCACACGUUUUGUCUAUACGAGACGUAGAAUGUUGAAGUAUGUUUAACUAUGGGGAUAUAAUUUUUAAGGGGUACUUUCAACAGACCUGUUUACUCUUACGAUUUUGGCUUAGAAUAUACAAUUUUGAGAUGUCUUUUACGAUGGUACGCCAAUGCCAGUCAGAACUACAAUUUUAAGAGACCGGGAUUAAAAUAUAUACAUUCUGGAAGUUUUUCAGAUUAAGAUUAAGAUUGUUAGUUUUAGCUCCUUUCUAUUUUUCCAGCGAUUGGUUGGUGACUAUCUACAAUUAUAUUUCGUUUACUCAGAGAGGGGAAGAUGGUUGAUUUAGGAGACUUUGUGUAUGGAUGUGUUUGGAUGUGUUUGGUUGGGGGGGGGGGGGGGUUUAAUAUUUAAGUCUGUGGAAAAUAACAUGGCCACAUUUUGGUAAUGAUCAUCAAAUUGUUGCUUUGUGUUUUCAUAAUGAACUAGAUAGGCAUUGCAACAGUAAUAUUAGCACAGUUGCUCUAGUGACAGUUUUUGUCAAUCCUCACUUGUUUGUGUCGGUGCGGUAUUAUGUAAUUUUGUGACAUAAUUAUUGCAUUCGGCUGAACCGUGACGAGUGCAAAAACUGAGAAAACUAGUUUUAAAAAAAUUAACAAUCAGAAUGCCUUCUCAACUGUUUAGCACAGAAACUUGAUUUUGGCAUAUUUUAUAGGAUCUGAGAAGGGCUUUGAAAUCUCUUUUUAGAAUGUACUAAACAGCUGUACGAUUUUUAUUCCUCAGUUUGGUUUCAACACACCUCUUCCUUUCAACCAUUUACAGUUAUAGUUAUAAGACUAUAAUAAUAUGUUAUUGGGAAUCAGGCUAAGUGGAUAUUCAUUUUUUUUAAAAUUCAGCUUUUUCCUUAAAAUAUUUAUCUCAUGUUACUUGGUAGGUUUUGUCAAUGACGUCCUCAAUUUUAAUUAUUUAAAUCAAUUUUAUGCUGAACUGAUUAUGCGUUUGAACCACUUUUCACCAGUAACUUUUUUUAACAUAGGUUUUUCUGUUAUUUCUCCUGAUUCAUACAUUCUUAGACAAUCUACCAUAGGUUGCACUGUUAUCUCUCCUGGUCCAAAAAUUCUUUGACAAUGUGCCACAGGUUUUUUCUUUUAUUUCUUCUCGUUCAUACAUUCUUGGACAAUCUGCCAUAAGUGGCACUGCUACCUCUCCUGGUCUAUACAUUCUUAGGCAAUCUGGCAUAGGUUGCACUCUUACCUCUCGUGGUCCAUACAUUCUUAGUCUAGCUGCCAUAGGUUGCACUCUCAUCUCUCCUGGUCCAUACAUUCUUAGACAAUCUACCAUAGGUUGCUCUGUUACUUCUCCUGGGUCACACAUACUUAGACAAACUGACAUUUGUUGCACUGUUAUCUCUCCUGGUCCAUACACUCUUAGACAAUCUACCAAAGGUUGCACUGCUACCUCUCUUGGUCCAUAAAUUCUUAGACAAUCUGCCAUAGGUUGCACUGCUACCUCUCUUGGUCCAUGCAUUCUUGGACAAUCUACCAUAGGUUGCACUGCUACCUCUCAUGGUCCAUGCAUUCUUAGACAAUGUGCCAUUGGUUGUACUGUUACCUCACCUGGUCCAUACAUUUUUGGACAAUCUGCCAUAGGUUGCUCGGUCACCUCACCUGGUCCAUACAUUUUUGGACAAUCUGCCAUAUGUUGCUCUGUUACCUCUACUGGUCUAUACAUUCUUAGGCAAUCUGCCAUAGGUUGCAUUGUUACCUCUCCUGGUCCAUACAUUCUUAGACAAUCUGCCAUUGGUUGCACUGUUACCUCUCCUGGUCUAUCCAUUCUAAGACAUCUACCAUAGGUUGCAAUGCUACCUCUCCUGGUCCAUAUAUUCUUGGACAAUCUGCUAUAGGUUGCACUGCUACCUCUCUUGGUCCAUAAAUUCUUAGACAAUCUGUCAUAGGUUGCACUGUUAUCUCACCUGUUUCAUACAUUCUUUGACAAUCUACCAUAGGUUGCAAUGUUACAUCUCGUUGUCCAUACAUUCUUGGACAAUCUACAAAAGGUUGCACUGCUACCUCUCCUGGUCCAUACAUUCUUAGACAAACUGCGGUAGCUUUCCCUGUUACCUCACCUGGUCCUUACAUUCUUAGACAAUGUGCCAUUGGUUGCACUGCAACCUCUCAUGGUCCAUACAUUCUUGGACAAUCUACCAUAUUUUGCACUGCUACCUCUCCUGGUCUAUACAUUUUUAGACAAUCUGCAAUGAGUUUCACUGUUACCUCUCCUGGUCCAUACAUUCUUAGACAAUCUGCAAUGAUAUUCACUGUUACCUCUCCUUGUCUAUACAUUCUUUAGACAAUUUGCCAUAGUUGCUCUGUUACCUCUACAGGUCUAUAUAUUCUUAGACAAUCUGCCAUAGGUUGCAUUGUUACUUCUCCUUGUCCAUACAUUCUUAGCCAAUCUGCCAAAGGUUUCUCUGUCACCUCUCCUUGUCCAUACAUUCUUAGAAAAUCUGUCAUAGCUUCCUCUGUUACCUCACUUUGUCCAUACAUUCUUGGACAAUCUGCCAUAGGUUGCUCUGUUACCUCUCUGGUCCAUACAUUCUUUGACAAUCUACCAUAUGUUGCACUGCUACCUCUCCUGGUCUAUACAUUCUUAGACAAUGUGCCAUUGGUUGCACUGCUACCUCUCCUGGUCUAUACAUUCUUAAACAAUCUGCCAUAAGUUGCUCUGUAACCUCUACAGGUCUAUACAUUCUUAACCACUCUGCCAUAGGUUACAGCGUUACCUCUCCUGGUCCAUACAUUUUUAGACAAUGUGCCAUUGGUUGCACUGUUAUCUCUUCUUGUCUAUAAAUUCUUAGACAAUGUUCCAUUGGUUACACUGCUUUCUCUCCUGGUCUAUAGAUUCUUUGACAAUCUGCUAUAGGUUGUACUGCUAACUCUCCUGGUCUAUACAUUAUUAGACAAUGUGCCAUUGGUUGCAUUGUUAUCUCAACUGGUCCAUACAUUCUUGGACAAUCUACCAUAUGUUGCACUGCUACCUCUUCUGGUCUAUACAUUUUUAGACAAUCUACCAUUUUUGAACUGCAACCUCUCCUGGUCUAUAAUUUCUUAGACAAUGUGCCAUUGGUUGCACUGUUACCUCUCCUGGUCUAUACAUUCUUAGACAAUGUGCAAUUUUUUGCAUUCAUCUCUCCGGGUCCAUACAUUCUUGGACAAUGUGCCUUUGGUUGCACUGCCACCUCUCUCGGUCUAUACAUUGUUAGACAAUCUGCCAUAGGUUGCUCUGUUACCUCGCCUGGUCCAUACAUUCUUUGACAAUCUACCAUAUGUUGCACUGCUACCUCUCCUGGUCUAUAAAUUCUUAGACAAUGUGCCAUAGGUUGCACUGCUUUCUCUGCCUGGUCCAUACAUUCUUAGACAAUCUGCUCUAGCUUGCACUGCUACCUCUCCUGGUCCGUACUUUCUUAGACAAUCUGCCAUCGGCUGCAUUGCUACCUUUCCUGGUCUAUACAUUCGUAGACAAUGUGCCAUUGGUUGCACUGCCACCUGUCGUGAUCUAUACAUUCUUAGACAACUUGCCAUAGGUUGCUCUGUUACCUCGCCUGGUCCAUACAUUCUUUGACAAUCUACCAUAUGUUGCACUGCUACCUCUCCUGGUCUAUAAAUUCUUAGACAAUGUGCCAUUGGUUGCACUGCUACCUCUCCUGGUCUAUACAUUCUUAGACAAUCUGCUAUAGCUUGCACUGCUACCUCUCCUGGUCUAUACAUUCUUAAACAAUCUGCCAUAAGUUGCUCUGUAACCUCUACAGGUCUAUACAUUCUUAACCACUCUGCCAUAGGUUGCAGCGUUACCUCUCCUGGUCCAUACAUUUUUAGACAAUGUGCCAUUGGUUGCACUGUUAUCUCUUCUUGUCUAUAAAUUCUUAGACAAUGUUCCAUUGGUUACACUGCUUUCUCUCCUGGUCUAUAGAUUCUUUGACAAUCUGCUAUAGGUUGUACUGCUAACUCUCCUGGUCUAUACAUUAUUAGACAAUGUGCCAUUGGUUGCAUUGUUAUCUCAACUGGUCCAUACAUUCUUGGACAAUCUACCAUAUGUUGCACUGCUACCUCUUCUGGUCUAUACAUUUUUAGACAAUCUACCAUUUUUGAACUGCAACCUCUCCUGGUCUAUAAUUUCUUAGACAAUGUGCCAUUGGUUGCACUGUUACCUCUCCUGGUCUAUACAUUCUUAGACAAUGUGCAAUUUUUUGCAUUCAUCUCUCCGGGUCCAUACAUUCUUGGACAAUGUGCCUUUGGUUGCACUGCCACCUCUCUCGGUCUAUACAUUGUUAGACAAUCUGCCAUAGGUUGCUCUGUUACCUCGCCUGGUCCAUACAUUUUUAGACAAUCUACCAUUUUUGAACUGCAACCUCUCCUGGUCUAUAAUUUCUUAGACAAUGUGCCAUUGAUUGCACUGCUUUCUCUCCUGGUCCAUACAUUCUUAGACAAUCUGCCAUAGGUUUCUAUGUUACCUCUCAUGGUCCAUACAUUCUUAGACAAUCUGCUCUAGCUUGCACUGCUACCUCUCGUGGUCUCUACAUUCGUAGACAAUGUGCCAUUGGUUGCACUGCUACCUCUCCCGGUCAGUACAUUCUUAGACAAUCUGUCAUCGGCUGCAUUGCUACCUUUCCUGGUCUAUACAUUCUUAGACAAUCUGUCAUCGGCUGCAUUGCUACCUCUCCUGGUCUAUACCUUCUUAGACAAUGUGCCAUUGGUUGCACUGCUACCUCUCCUGGUCCGUACAUUCUUAGACAAUCUGCCAUCGGCUGCAUUGCUACCUUUCCUGGUCUAUACAUUCGUAGACAAUGUGCCAUUGGUUGCACUGCCACCUGUCGUGGUCUAUACAUUCUUAGACAACUUGCCAUAGGUUGCACUGUUAUCUCUCCUGGUCUAUACAUUCUUAGACAAUGUGCCAUUGGUUUCACUGUUUUCUCUCCUGGUCCAUACAUUCUUAGACAAUCUGCCUUCGGCUGCACUGCUACCUUUCCUGGUCUAUAAAUUCUUAGACAAUGUGCCAUUGAUUGCACUGUUAUCUCAACUGGUCCAUACAUUCUUGGACAAUCUACCAUAUAUUGUACUGUUACCUCGCCUGGUCUAUACAUUUUUGAACAAUCUACCAUUUUUGCACUGCUACCUCUCCUGGUCUAUACAUUUUAGACAAUCGGCCAUAGGUUGCAUUGUUACUUCUCCUGGUCCAUACAUUCUUAGCCAAUCUGCCAUAGGGUUACACUGCUACCUUUCCUGGUCUAGUCUAUACAUUAUUAGACAAUCUGCCAUAGGUUGCACCUCUCCUGGUCUAUACAUUCUUAGACAAUCUGCCAUCGGCUGCACUGCUACCUCUCCUGGUCUAUACAUUCUUAGACAAUCUGCCAUAAGUUGCUCUGUUACCUCUACAGGUCUAUACAUUUUUAGACAAUGUGCCAUUGGUUGCACUGUUAUCUCACCAGGUCCAUACAUUCUUGGACAAUCUACCAUAUUUUGCACUGCUAACUCUCCUGGUCUAUACAUUUUUAGACAAUCUGCAAUGAGUUUCACUAUUACCUCUCCUGGUGUAUACAUUCUUGAGACAAAUUGCCAUAAGUUGCUCUGUUACCUCUACAGGUCUAUAUAUUCUUAGACAAUCUGCCAUAGGUUGCAUUGUUACUUCUCCUUUUCCAUACAUUCUUAGCCAAUCUACCAUAGAUUUCUCUGUCACCUCUCCUUGUCCAUACAUUCUUAGAAAAUCUGCCGUAGCUUCCUCUGUUACCUCACUUUGUCCAUACAUUCUUGGACAAUCUGCCAUAGGUUGCUCUGUUACCUCUCCUGGUCCAUACAUUCUUAGACAUACUACCAUAUGUUGCACUGCUACCUCUCCUGGUCUAUAAAUUCUUAGACAAUGUGCCAUUGGUUGCACUGCUACCUCUCCUGGUCUAUACAUUCUUAGACAAUCUGCCAUCGGCUGCACUGCUACCUCUCCUGGUCUAUACAUUCUUAGACAAUCUGCCAUAAGUUGCUCUGUUACCUCUACAGGUCUAUACAUUUUUAGACAAUCUUCCAUUGGUUGCACUGUUACCUCUCCUGGUCUAUACAUUCUUAGACAAUGUGCAAUUUUUUGCAUUCAUCUCUCCGGGUCCAUACAUUCUUGGACAAUGUGCCAUUGAUUGCACUGCUUUCUCUGCCUGGUCCAUACAUUCUUAGACAAUCUACCAUAGGUUGCUCUGUUACCUCUCCUGGUCCAUACAUUCUUAGACAAUCUACCAUAUGUUGCACUGUUACCUCUCCUGGUCUAUACAUUCUUAGACUAUGCCAUUUUUUGCAGUGUUAUCUCUCAUGGUCCAUACAUUCUUAGAAAAUCUGCCAUCGGCUGCACUGCUACCUUUCCUGAUCUAUAAAUUCUUAGACAAUGUGCCAUUCGUUGCACUGCUACCUCUCCUGGUCUGUACAUUCUUAGACAAUGUGCCAUUGGUUGCACUGUUAUCUCACCAGGUCCAUACAUUCUUGGACAAUCUACCAUAUUUUGCACUGCUACCUCUCCUGGUCUAUACAUUUUUAGACAAUCUGCAAUGAGUUUCACUGUUACCUCUCCUGGUCGAUACAUUCUUUAGACAAUUUGCCAUAAGUUGCUCUGUUACCUCUACAGGUCUAUAUAUUCUUAGACAAUCUGCCAUAUGUUGCAUUGUUACUUCUCCUGGUCCAUACAUUCUUAGCCAAUCUACCAUAGGUUUCUCUGUCACCUCUCCUUGUCCAUACAUUCUUAGAGAAUCUUUCAUAGCUUCCUCUGUUACCUCACCUGGUCCAUAUAUUCUUAGGCAUUGUGCCAUUUGUUGCACUGUUGCCUCAUCUGGUCCAUACAUUCUUAGACAGUCUGCUGUACCUUCCUCGGUUACCUCACCCGGUCCAAACAUUCUUAGACAAUGUGCCAUUGGUUUCACUGUUACCUCACCUGGUCCAUACAUUCUUAGACAAUCUGCCAUUGGUUGCACUGUUACCUCACCUGGUCCAUCAUUCUUAGCCAAUCUGCUAUAGCUUGCACUGCUACCUCUCCUGGUCUAUACAUUCUUAGACAAUCUGCCAUUAGGUUACUCUGUUACCUCACCUGGUACAUCCAUUCUUAUUUAUAUGCCAUUGGUUUCGCUUGCUCUUGCAAUAUGAAGGUUAACCUCGUCAUUGAUAGUUACUAUUAAGGACAAUGCUCUGCCAAGUUAACGGAAGCUACUUACCACUUUAACCCCUUUGAAAUAUACUUGAACGUUGGGCUCAACAUAAGGAUUUUGUGGAACUGGCUGAUAUAGAACCUAAUUCUUUUUUUUUGUGUUAAAGUUAAGACUUAAGUUCACAGGUAUUUGAGAAUUUAGCAACAUUCAAUUUCAUAUCCCCUUCUGAUAAAGCGUUUAGGGCAUUCAGGCUCUAAUUUCUUAGGGCAUUCAGGCUCUAAUUUCUUGCAAUAAUAAACCAAACGAGAGUGAAUAGUGAAUAGAUAAGUCUUAUAUGAUGUUUGUAAGGACCUUGGAUUCAGCAUGUGUCCUCUAGACAUUGAGUAGAUUAUCAUAAGUUCAGUAUCUGAGACCGAUUCAGUCUUCCUCUUCGAACCAUCAGUCAGCAUGGUGGAAAAUAUGAGGCCGAAAAGUGUUGGAGCUUGGACACAACCUUGUUUAAUGCCCUUGGCCACAGGUAAUACUUAAACUUUCCCAAUUUUUUCGAACCCUGGCCUGCAUACCAUCAUGGCAUUCCCGUACCAUAUGUAUGAACUUUCUGGGGGCAUCCAUAGUUUGCCGUAAUCUUCAAAAGACCUCUACUGACAAUUUAGAAAGCAUUUCUGCCUACUUCAAACCAACAGACACCCAUAGCUACUUUUUGUAUUCAUCCUCCCACUCCAAAUCAUGAAAAGACUCCAUACCUUUUUCUCAACUCCUUAAACUACGUCGCCUCUGCCAGUCAGAUGAAGACUUUGUAUAUAGGGCAAAUGAAAUGAUUGACUUCUUCCACUCUAGAUCUUAUCUUGAGACUACACUUGGGCACUCAAUCGGAUCAUCACAAUCACACAUGAUGAGGCUUUCAAAUCUCGUUCAAACAAAAAGGAGGGUCGAACGCAACUCAUCUUUACCUACCACCCUCACAAUGUGAUUGCCCCAAAAUAUUCUUAAAGCAACGUCAUGUUCUCUUUGCUGACACUAACAGGGUGUUUUCAUCACAGUCACUAAUUCUCUUCAGAAGGGCUACAAAUCUAUGUGAUUUGGUUUACAGUCACCUUCAAGCUGACCCUUCUCGCUUUGGGACUAAGUUAUGUUCAAGCAGCCCUGGUAGGACUUGCCCCUAUGUACUGGAAAUUGAACACAUUGGCUUACUUAAGGGGACCAUUGCCAUCAUAGAAGAGAGCUUAACAUGUAUUAAUCCAAAUGUGAUCUAUGUGAUUUUUUGCGGAAGAUGCCUCUUCUGUUUAUAGAUUAGGCCAGCGGUUCUCAACCUGUGGGUCGCUACCCCUUCGGGCGUCAAAUGACCCUUGCACAGGGGUCGCAUAAGACCAUCUGAAAACACAUAAAUAUGAAGUAGCCACGAAAAUAAUGUUACGGUUGGGGGUCACCAUAACAUAAGGAACUGUAUCAAAGGGUCGCGGCAUUGGGAAGGUUGAGAACAUUUGGAUUAGACGGGAAGAAGGCGAUCUGAUAGGUUCAGUGAACAUCUUUGUGAUUUGGAACACAAGGCCAUGCACGGGGGCACAUCUGAGUCUGAUGUAUCCAUCACGGCUCUAAUAUAAAGCUGCUCUUAUACACCAGCAAGAUUGAAGAGUGAAGACGAAUUAAUUCAUAUUUUCGGCACGUCUUAUUAUUGGUCCUCGGUGCCAUCAAUUCUUUUACCGUGUUAGUACGCAGCACAUAAUGACGUAGGACGCGCGUUUUGGUUUCAAUGAACUUUAUAGAGAGAACUAACUUUUUAUCAGAAUCUUCAAACACAUUGACAUACGUUUUUCAUAUCUCUUAGUUGUUUCUUGUAUUGUCUUGUCUGCUGACGAAGGCGUUUGGCUAGAAAUGUCCUUUGAUCACGGUUAACAUGACCUUAAUUGUAAACCGUCGCUGUCAGUUGAGGCUGAUGCUGCAUGCUGUCACGCUCUGAUUCCCGGCUCGAUGGUUAUGUUGGGCAGUGCCUUAUCUAAUGUUGAUUGCUCGGAGCAUGCAAGUGUAAGGCUUUCUAGGAAAACCGGUCUGCGGCGCCACCCUCAUUGUACCCAGCCUGUAAUUUUGUGGCACUGCCAUGCAAGUGUAAGGCUUUCUAGGAAAACCGGUCUGCGGCGCCACCCUCAUUGUACCCAGCCUGUAAUUUUGUGGCACUGCCAAGCCUUUUGUUGUGGUGUACCCGUUGUACCAAUCAUGUUGUGGUAGUGCACAUGUUGUACCAAGCAUGUUGUGGUAGUGCACAUGUUGUACCAAGCCUGUGUUGCCAAGCCUUUUGUUGUAGUGUACCUGCUGUAGAGCACCCGUUGUACCAAGCCAGCCCUAGUGCACCUGCUGUAGAGCACCCGUUGUACCAAGCCAGUCGUAAUGAACCUGCUGUAGAGCACCCGUUGUACCAAGCCAGCCAUAGUGCAACUGCUGUAGAGCACCCGUUGUACCAAGCCAGAUGUAGUGCACCUGCUGUAGAGCACUUGUUGUACCAAGACAGCCAUAGUUCACUUGCCGUAGAGCGCCCGUGGUACCAAGCCAGCCCUAGUGCACCUGCUGUAGAGCACCCGUUGUACCAAGCCAGUCGUAAUGAACCUGCUGUAGAGCACCCGUUGUACCAAGCCAGCCAUAGUGCAACUGCUGUAGAGCACCCGUUGUACCAAGCCAGAUGUAGUGCACCUGCUGUAGAGCACUUGUUGUACCAAGACAGCAAUAGUUCACUUGCCGUAGAGCGCCCGUGGUACCAAGCCAGCCCUAGUGCACCUGCUGUAGAGCACCCGUUGUACCAAGCCAGUCGUAAUGAACCUGCUGUAGAGCACCCGUUGUACCAAGCCAGCCAUAGUGCAACUGCUGUAGAGCACCCGUUGUACCAAGCCAGAUGUAGUGCACCUGCUGUAGAGCACUUGUUGUACCAAGACAGCAAUAGUUCACUUGCCGUAGAGCGCCCGUGGUACCAAGCCAGCCCUAGUGCACCUGCUGUAGAGCACCCGUUGUACCAAGCCAGUCGUAAUGAACCUGCUGUAGAGCACCCGUUGUACCAAGCCAGCCAUAGUGCAACUGCUGUAGAGCACCCGUUGUACCAAGCCAGAUGUAGUGCACCUGCUGUAGANGUACCAAGCCAGCCGUAGUUCACUUGCCGUAGAGCGCCCGUGGUACCAAGCCAGCCGUAGUUCACUUGCUGUAGAGCGCCCGUUGUACCAAGCCAGCCGUAGUUCACUUGCUGUAGAGCGCCCGUGGUACCAAGCCAGCCGUAGUUCACUUGCUGUAGAGCGCCCGUUGUACCAAGCCAGCCGUAGUUCACUUGCCGUAGAGCGCCUUUGGUACCAAGCCAGCCGUAGUUCACUUGCUGUAGAGCGCCCGUGGUACCAAGCCAGCCGUAGUGCACUUGCUGUAGAGCGCCCGUGGUACUAUGCCUAUUGGUGUAGUUAAGAGGUUGUUACACCAAGCGUGUUUAUUUCACCGUGCUCCAUUGUUGCACUUGAAUGGGGACGAUCUUUUAGUGGAGCUGGCUUGAAGAACCAAAAAAUACACGGGCUGUCUUUCUUUUCCAAGACACACGUUUUCGGGAAAUGCAGCGAUUCGGUAAACGGUUAGCCAAGCAUUAAAACCCAGGAACGUCAUAGGGAGGGGGAGGGGGGGGGGCUUUUGCGGAGUGUUGAGUUAUUUAUUACUGAAGGUGCUACUGUUUAUAGCAAUUACAUUAAAACCUUCAAAUUCACGGGGGUGGGGGGGGGGACAACAACAACAAAGGCCCUACCCCAAAUGACGUCCCUGAUUAAAUCGGGUAGAAAUGUGAAGAUCGUUCUUGUGUUUACCUGUGUUAUGGUAAGAAAAACUGGAAGGACCGCCACGUCAUUUUAAGAUAGAUUGGUUACAAUGAACGAUCCGUCAGCUUGUGUUAUGUCAGUUGAGCUAGCUUUAAGAUUCUCCAUUAAAAUUAGGUAGAGUUGUAUACUCAUGAAGUGGCUGGAGGCACGCUUAAUUCGUGGCAAGAAUUGACACUAUAUACCAUCACAUUGACAGAUGUUAGUGUUUUUAGAUUAAUUCCCACAUCACAUUGACAGCUGGUAGAGUUAUCACAUUGACAGCUGGUAGAGUUUUAAAUUGAUUCCUACCAUCAUAUUGACAGCUGGUGUUUUUUUUUAGAUUGAUUCCUACCAUCAUAUUGACAGCUGGGAGUGUUUUUAUAUUUAUUCCUACCAUCAUAUUGACAGCUGGAAGUGUUUUUAGAUUGAUUCCUACCAUCAUAUUGACAGCUGGAAGUGUUAAUUUGAUUUUCUAGCAUCACAUUGACAGAUGCUAGGGGUUUUUAGAUCGAUACCUUCAUGAUAUUGGCAUCUGGUCGUGAUUUAGUUUGAUUAUUACCAUCACAUAUACAGCUGAUUGUUUAUUUAAAAUGUAUCACAAUGUGUUGCUGGUGAGUCUUGGGAAUUUUUUUAUUAGUUCUUCUCUAUGAUCUAAUUGAUUCUUUAUAUUAUUUUGUUAUCAUUGAAUGUACUAAUCAUAGCACUCAAUAUACAUUUGUACCAGUGAAUGUACUUAUUUUUGAAUGCUAAAUAUACUUUUAGUAUUGAGUUUAAUUAUCAUAGUGCUGAGUACACUCUUAGUAUUGACUGCAAAGAACAUAGUACUGAAUGAAUGUAAUCAUUGUUGCACUGAGUGUACUUAAUGUAAUGUUCAAUUUAUCAGUACAGCUGUAUUUUGACAGCACUAAAUGUGUUUGUUACAGUUGCCAUUACCUUCGAAUAUGUUCUGUUUCAGUUAAUAGUUGGUAGUUCAAUUAAAAUGGAUUCAAUCAAUCAGAGGUCAUUAACCUUUGGUCCCAGUUAACCCUGUGCACUUUUAUAAAGCUUGUGCACUCUCAUGAGCUCUGUGCUCUCUCAAGAAGCAUGUGCACUCUCAUGAACCCUGUGCACUCUCAUGAACCCUGUGCUCUCUCAAGAAGCAUGUACCCUGAACCCUAUGCUCUCAUGAACCCUGUACACUAUCAUGAAGCUUGUGUACUCUCAUACAGCUUGUGCAGCCUGUGCACUCUCAUGAACCCUGUGCUCUCUCAAGAAGCAUGUGCACUCUCACGAAGCAUGUGCACUCACAUUAAGUAUGUGCACUCUCAUGAAGUAUGGGCACUUUCAUGAAGCUUAAGCACUCUCAUGAAUCCUGUGCUCUCUCAUGAUGGGUGUGCACUCUCAUAGUUUUCCUAUCACAUCUUCUUCUUCUUCUAAAUCUUAAGGGCCCACGAUCAAUUUAUUGAUCAUUUUGGCUCCUAUGCAUGUAGAUGGGAUUUGCAAUGUUUCUGUUACUGGUGUUGAUGAGGAAAUCAUGCACUAGGGGUUUGAAGGCUUGAGGCAAUAGACACAAAUGUGUCUAGUGUUGUCGCCUCAACUGUUCCUUUUGAAAGAUGGUUCCAGUCCCUGAUUGUCUUGGGCAGGAAUGAGCAGCUCCUAUACUGGCUUCUUGCUGGUAUGAGCCUGAAUUGCCUGUCAUGGCCUCGUCGCUGUCUAUGGGGGAGAGGGACGAGUUUCUGUUUAAUACUGGAACAGUGGACCAGCCCAUUAUUUAUCUUGUACAUCAUGGAGAGCCUGGAUUGUCGUCGUCGUUUCUCCAAUGGUGACCAGCCUAGUGUUUCUAGCAUGCUGCCAACACUAGAGGUAUUCCUGUAGCGGUUUAGGACAAAGCGUGCUGCUCGUCGCUGGACCGCCUCCAACCUGUCAAUGCUCUUCUGGGUAAAUGGGUCCCAGACUGAAGAUGCAUAAUCUAAAAUGGGACGGAUAAAGGCUUUAUAUGCUCUUUCUUUCACACAGGUGUUGCCAAUCUUUAGAUUUCGCCUUAAGAACCCUAGGGUCUUGUUUGCUUGGUUACAUACAUUGUUAAUAUGCUCGUCCCAGCGGACCUCUCUUUAAAUGGUAACACCCAGGUACUUUAUGGAGGAAACUUGCUCAAGUAUAUGGCCGUGCAGUUUGUAUUGGUAGUGUAGAGGAGUACAACUUCUAGAGAUUGCUAGUGUCUGGCACUUGGCAGGGUGAAAUUCCAUGUCCCAGCUCAUCUCCCACUCAGCUAAAAGAUUGAGAUCCUGUUGUAGCUGGUCCUGGUCAGAUCUGUUGGCGAUCGUCCUAUACACUGCUGUGUCAUCUGCGAACAGUCUUGCCUGUGAUGUCAGUUUCUCGGGUAGGUCAUUAAUGUAUGCUAGGAACAAACAGGGGCCCAGGACUGAUCCCUGGGGGACCCCUGACUUCACAUCGACAAAGGAGGAGCUUGUACCGCCCACCACUACUGCUUGGCGUCGGUGGCUGAGGAAGCUAGAGAUCCAUGUUUUAGUGGUGCCUUGAAUCCCAUAUAUCUGGAGUUUGUGUAGAAGCAAACUAUGAUUCACCCGGUCAAAUGCUUUUGCGAAGUCCAUUACUAGCACGUCAGUCUGCUUGUGGUUCUCCAGAUUGGUCAUCAGGUCUUCUACAAAUUCGAGAAGCUGGGUCUCACAUGAUCUAUUGACUCGGAAGCCAUGUUGACAGUCAUUGAGUAUAUUUUGGCUUUCAAGAUGCUUCAUGACUGUGCUUACGAUUAUGUGCUCCAACAGUUUGCAUUCAAUGACUCCCUGAACAUUGGAUCCAUAUUUAAUUAUUUAAACAAAUUUUAUUUCACUUUACUAUUGGCUGAGAUAUUUUGAAUUUGAUAUUUCAGAUCAAUGAUAAAAUUAAACAGAGCAUGGGCAAAAAAUAAUCAACUAGUACUUUAGAUGUAUUAAAUACUUUGAUCAUUUUUUACCGUUAUCUGUAAGAACUUGAACAGUCUUUAUCACUGCUUAUGUCCGUAUUUAUAAAAUGUAAUUUGAAAUGUUUCUCUCUUCAAAUGUCCAGUCUUGUGGCUAUGAAAUUGAUGACCUGGAAGACUGUCUCGUGGAAGAUGACACGCCUUCACAGAACACAUCACAUUUCAAUGGGUUUGAGUCAGUCACCAACAAAAGACUAGAUACACACUCUAGUGAUCGGACCAGGGCCAACAGUGGCCCUGUCAGGGGAGGGACUCAACUGUCCCUCAUGUCCAGCAGGCUCUCAGUCCUGACAUUGGGUCAGGAACUGAAUGAAGUUAUUGAACAAACUCCUGGAGUCAAGUUGGAAGAGGUAAGAUUACCUGAAUUAAUUUAUAAUAUUUAAUAGAGCCAUUGUUUAUACAUUUAGAAAAACAGGUAAUUGUCUUAGGAAAUAACCUUUGUUUUUAGGGUAUAUAUGAGCUACCUGUUUUUUUGGUGUUUAUAUGAGCUACCAGGGGUUUGCUUGAACUACCAUGGGUUUCCAUGAACUACCUGUGUUGUUGGUGUUUCCAUGAACUACCUGUGUUGUUGGUGUUUCCAUGAACUACCUGUGUUGUUGGUGUUUCCAUGAACUACCUGUGUUGUUGGUGUUUCCAUGAACUACCUGUGUUGUUGGUGUUUCCAUGAACUACCUGUGUUGUUAAAAGAUAAUAAUUGAAGUACUGCAUUCAAGCUGGAUAAAUGAAAUAGUAUAACAAGGUAUGUUGUAUGCAGCUUGAAUCAACAACAAAGAAGAUCUCUAAAUUUUGUUUACUGUGCUCUGUUUCUUGUCUUAUUUUCAUUUGUCCUGUUCACUGAAAAGGCUCUAAGCCAUAAUCUUCUCAUCUUAUUGUCCUGUCUAUUGAUUCAAACUUCAACAUACCUUGUUCUGUGUUGUUAAGGGUUAUAUGAGCUACCCUUGUUGUGGAUAUCGUCAACGAGACUUUGACCACUAUGGAUAGAGUUUGAUAUUUUCACAAAGUCAUACCACAUAAGAAUGUGUUGGGUUUCAUUCUGUGAUGUUAUCAUUUCUCUUAGGCUGACUUGCCCAACCGAACAUUGACGUUCAAGUUAACAAAAGGUCAGAACAGUUUAGACAUCAGUGUGUCAUUUCCUGAAAAGUAUCCCAUCAGAGUUGCCCCACAGUUGACUAUUCUUCAGUCUAACCUGGAUCCUGAUGUUUAUGUCCGCAUCAUGAAGGUACAAAUUGUUUCUAUUAAAUCAAAUGAGAGACGUCAUGAAGUUAAAACUUUUUCUGUUAUAUCACGUGAGAGACAAGGGUAAGAAAUAUACUCAAUGCUUUGGUUUCAAACUUUUUAAAAAACAUUGAUACAGUGAAAGCCUUGUUGCCUUCAGGCAGACACACAAAGUUUUAGGUUUUAUGCUUGGUCAGACUAAUAAGCCGCUAAAAUGUGUAGGUUUUUUGUUUAGUUUCAGGCUAACAAAGUUUUUUUUUUGUGUAGUUUGUCCUGAAGCUGAUUUGUUUUAUUUACAUUUGUAUUUUGUCCUGAAGCUGAUUUGUUUUAUGAACACUUGUAGUUUUUCCUGAAGGUGACUUGUUUUAUAUACAUUUGUAGUUUGUCCUAAACCUGAUUUGAUUUAUGUCCACUUGUAGUUUGUCCUGAAGCUGACUUGUUUUAUGAACACUUGUAGUUUGUCCUGAAACUGACUUGUUUUAUGAACACUUGUAGUUUGUCCUGAAGCUGACUUGUUUUAUGCACACUUGUAGUUUGUCCUGAACCUGAUUUGUUUUAUGCACACUUGUAGUUUGUCCUGAACCUGAUUUGUUUUAUGCACACUUGUAGUUUGUCCUAAAUCUGAUUUGAUUUAUGUCCACUUGUAGUUUGUCCUGAAGCUGAUUUGAUUUAUGUCCACUUGUAGUUUGUCCUAAAUCUGAUUUGAUUUAUGUCCACUUGUAGUUUGUCCUAAAUCUGAUUUGAUUUAUGUCCACUUGUAGUUUGUCCUAAACCUGAUUUGAUUUAUGUCCACUUGUAGUUUUUCCUAAACCUGAUUUGAUUUAUGUCCACUUGUAGUUUGUCCUGAAGCUGAUUUGAUUUAUGUCCACUUGUAGUUUGUCCUAAACCUGAUUUGAUAUAUGUCCACUUGUAGUUUGUCCUAAACCUGAUUUGAUUUAUGUACACUUGUAGUUUGUCCUAAACCUGAUUUGAUUUAUGUACACUUGUAGUUUGUUCUGAAGCCGACUUGUUUUCCCCACCAGGUGUUUAAUGACACCAGUUCAAUCCAUGUCAAGAAGAAUGUCAACUGCCUGGAGCCUUGCAUCAAACAGAUCAUGUUGGUCAUCGAGAAGUCUGGGACCCCCACCCUCACACAGGACAUCCCAUCAGCUGUAAGAGUUUACCACAUAUGCCAUAUGGUUCAGAGUAAAGGCCCUUCCAGACAACAAUCAAUUACAAUGUCCAAAAUGUAUCAACCAUUAAUAAGUAAAACAAUGGAAUUCUUGAGUAUGGUCAUUUAAUUUUGAUUUUCCACCAGGUUGAGGACCGCAAGUCAAUGCUAGACAAAAAAUUCCAUGUUGAAAAAGUCCGUCAACCAACCAGUCCUGUUGCUCAAAGCAAUGUCUCCCCCAUGUACCCAACUGGUGGCUUCCAAGAUUUGUGCAUUCCAUUCCCCAGGACCUGUGGGGCCUCUUUCUGCUCUAAUGGUAAUGUCAAUAAAUCAAUUCUAUUUUUGUGUAAUUCACUCUACAAUCAGUUCACUUUGCCAUAAAAAUUUGUGUUUUUUUCUGCACACUCCACAAAUGACAUCCUACAAUGUAACAACAAUAUUAGUGUAUGAUAUAGUUAUAAGUGUAUGAUAUAGUUACAUAGCUAUAAAUGUAAUGAUUGUUACAUAGCUAUAAGUGUAUGAUAUAGUUACAUAGAUAUAAGUGUAUGAUAUAGUUACAUAACUAUAAGUGUAUGAGAUAGUAACAUAGAUAUAAGUGUAUGAUAUAGUUAAAUAGAUUUAAUACAAGUGUGUGGUGUACCCCCAGAUUUCCUUGUGACAUUUGCGGUUCCUGCGGCCUUGAAAAAAGUCAAUGAGGAUUCAGAAGUAACCCCCAGGUGUGUAUUAGUUUAGAAGUAACCCACAGGUGUGUAUUACUUCAGAAGUAACCCUGAGGUGUGUAUUAGCUCAGAAGUAACCCCCACGUGUGUAUUAGUUCAGAAGUAACCCCCAGGUGUGUAUUAGUUAAGAAGUAACUCCCAGUUGUGUAUUAGUUCAAAAGUAAGCCCCAGGUGUGUAUUAGUUCAGUAGUAACCACCAGGUGUCUAUUAGUUAAGAAGUAACCACCAGGUGUCUAUUAGUUUAGAAGUAACCCACAGGUGUGUAUUGGUUCAGAAGUAACCCCCAGGUGUGUAUUACUUAAGAAGUAACCCACAGGUGUGUAUUACUUCAGAAGUAACCCACAAGUGUGUAUUAGUUCAGAAGUAACCCACAGGUGUAUAUCAGCUCAGAAGUAGCUCCAAACCAUUGAGUUGGAUUGAACUGCUACGUACAAGUGUUAAUCGCCAUGUUUACCUGUGUGAGAAUGAGGGUUUUCACACAGUUCCAUAGAUAGGUUUGAAAUCACUAGAUUUAUUGAUGGACUUAUUUAGUCUUACUCCUUGAUAUUUUCGUGGUGUUGUCAUGUUAAAAUAAUGUGUAAUUUCUGGUUAUAUUUGUACUUGCAGGGCCUUGUCAGAUCUGGUCUCCUACAGCUUGUCCCAGUCCCAGUGGAUGCGCAACCAAUCCAACUCUUUUGUUUCGCUCUCAUUGUUUUAUAGCAGUCCCCCCCCUCAACCCCCAGAGGGCAUCAGUGUCAGCAGUUUUUAUACAGAGAAGGUAAUUGAUUGUUUUGUAGCAGUCCCCCCCCCCUCAACCCCCAGAGGGCAUCAGUGUCAGCAGUUUUUAUACAGAGAAGGUAAUUGAUUGUUUUGUAGCAGUCCCCCCCCUCAACCCCCAGAGGGCAUCAGUGUCAGCAGUUUUUAUACAGAGAAGGUAAUUGAUUGUUUUGUAGCAGUCCCCCCCCCCUCAACCCCCAGAGGGCAUCAGUGUCAGCAGUUUUUAUACAGAGAAGGUAAUUGAUUGUUUUGUACCGGUCCCCAUAUUUUGUCUGGCCAUAUGAGAAGAUCUCAGGUUAGACGAUCCAAUUUUAUCUACAGUAGUUUGGUAAGCAUACUUGCAAGAAUUCAACCCCUUCAACCCUGCAUCGGUUAAGUCCCUUUUAUUCUGUAUUGUGAUUCUUGACCCAGCUCAGGUGGCCCAUUCAACCAUGUCGACGACCCGUCUCAGUUGCACGCCUUGCGUGAGCAGUUCACAUCAUGGGAAAUAUUUAAGCCACUUAUUUCAUUGGCCACUGUCAAUGGGUCAUUCAAUGAUAAAUAACCCUACCGCAGAUACAAGCUGUGUCUGACCGGGUGUGAAUUCUUUUCCUCCGCAAUAUUCUCCGGGUGCACCUGGCAUAACUACAUGUGAGGCCCGUGGAUUGAAGUGAUAGGCCGGUGUUGCCUACCCGGUUUCCAUAUUGCAAGAAACCAUCUCACCUUUAGCUGGAUUUGAGGGUAAUGCCUCAAGGCCUGAUUCCGAGGAGUCCACCCAGUGCAAUACAACCACCUACCAAAAUAUCAGCCUGCAUCUCUCUAAGGUGUGCUGGUUCAUGUGCAAAAUCAUUCAGCUGUGUGCAAAAUUUUAGAGCAUCAAUUUUUUGUGUGAAAAAUUUUACACCCCACAAACACACGCACAUGAAUAUUACAUAAACGAACUUAAGUGCACAAAUUUUAUAUAAAUAUAUAAAUAAAGUAUAAUUAAAUAAUUAUAAUAAAAAAUGUCACAAUAGUUCAAUCAAAGCUAUGUUUAUUUCUAAUUUUUAUCCCAUCGUUGGAUCAAGCAACUAAAUUCCAACACAACCACCAUCAAUGGCCGCUAGUCAUUUGAUUGACUCAUUUCUGGAGGUACUCUGGUGCUGUCUUUCAACGAUAUCCAUCUUUUAUACACAUCGUCAAGGUUGAUCUGAUGUCCAUCAUUCUGAAACAAUCUAAUCUUCAUAAGCAUGUCUAAAUGUAACUCUUCCAGCGUAUUUCUAGAUUUUAUUUUUAUAUUGUUCAUUAGGCUGAAUCCACGCUAAUAAUCAGCGAUUGAUGCAAAAAAUCUAACACAAAUAUCUAACAGAAUUGCAAUGUCGCCGAACUGUUCUUCCUCCUUUACUACAAAUCAAACAAUCUCGUCGAAAGUCUGCAUCAACCCAUAUUUCAUUUUUUCUACAAGCAUAACCUUAAGUUAGGAUACUGAUCCUUAACUUUUGACAGAAUGUCAUUAUAGUUUUCUACGAAUUCCUUAUGUCUAGAAACCAGUGCUGCAAAUUCUUCUUUGGAAAAAAUUAAAAUCUGAAGUGUCAAUUAAUGCUGAUAGCUCAAAGAUUCGCCAUUGCAUCAACUCACUUGCAGGGAAACGAGAGAUCAGGUGCAAACAUAAACUUUCAAAGAAUUUUAGGAUGGAACUCAUGUUUAUAUCCUCGUCAUUUGCAGGCAAUUCAGCAACCUCUUCAGACCAGUGCAUAUUUUUACGGAGCUUAGCGAUCCUUGCUUUUACAAACAUGUAUGCAUCGAUGGGUGUAAGAUUUUAUUUAUGUUUAUGUAGCAGCUUGCAUAAUUCAGCAAGUUCACCAACAACUUCAUUAAAGACAAUCAGUGCAGUUUGAAACUACAGAUCCCUUAGUUACUUCAAACAGUAUUUAUGAACUGGAUCAUUAUACAGAUCUACCUGCUCCUCAUAGUAUUCAGUCAGCACUUGUUUCUCAGCAAUGCUCGUAAAGCAAAGGGCAGCAAAAGCCGUCUGAUUUCAUUUAAUUCUAAUGGCUACGGAAUCACAUUCCAACUGCGUAGCUAGUUCGGUAAACUGGGCAUUCCAUACUGUCAACCGUCUGAACAAUGUGUACACUGUCCUAAAGAAUGUUUCAAUGUCUGCCAUUUAACUUGUAUGUUUGCAAGCAUCAUCGAUGGCUAAAUCUUCAUGAUAGCAACGAAAUGUUAUUCCAGAAGAUGUGGAUUACGUCGGUGAAGAAUUGCUAAAAAUCCAUUGUUCUUGCCUAGCAUAACCGAUGCACCAUCAGAGGUGAACAUACCAUUUCUGCAUGUCCAAUGAAUUCUCUUGAUAAAACUCUGUUAUCGCUGAUUCCACAGAUUUACUGUCAUAUGCCGACAGAGACUAAAUUCCAACAAACACUGUCUUGAAAACAUUACCGGCACAUGGUCAAAACUUUUCAUAUAAGAUCAGCAUUUUUGUCAGUGAUAUUAUCAGUGCUCUAAUCUACUGUUAAUGUGUGGAGCUUUGCAUUGCCAAGUUGGCUAAUUAUAGCAUUCUUUACGAUAGACUCAACAAACUCAAAAGCGUAAUUCUUACUGCACUAGCUAUGAGGGACUCGGAAAUACUUAGCCAUAUGAUUGUACACAUAUUGAACCGUAUUCAUAUAUGUGUUCAUGUUGAUAGCCAGAGGACGUUGUCAAUCAAAAUUUUAACCUAGUCUUUUUUAGCUCUUUUACGUUGUGCUGCUUCUUGUCUCAUGCCUUAAUCUGUGACAUUUUAUGUAAGCAUUCGCAGGACACCUCCUGACUGUAAAGAACCAAGUUUCUGUACAGUAUCUGUGUGUAUUUUUUGCUUGAUAUGUCGUUAAAGAUAAUCCAUCUUCCAAGCCUCCCACCUUUUCCCUGUGGAGGCAUCACCAUAUGCAUUAGCUUUGAAGCACAUUUCACAGACAUCAUCAAUUUCACAAUAUUAAAAAUAUCUCUCAGAUUGACAGUCCACUCUGACGAUGACUCUGGUAGUAGUGGUAGUGCUGCAUGCACAAAUUCAUAGAGCCAUCCCAUUUUAAAAUUUGAUCUACACUUUUUCUUAGCAAGCGAUGACGCUGAGAGUUCGCUUAACUGACACUUAGACAUAAAGGCUAAAAAAAUAUUAAAACUAAUUAGCUACUACAUUUAAAAUAAACCAGAGAUAUGCGAUUUAUUAACUUUAUACACAUUCACUUCCACAAAAUUUACAUGAAUGACGGCGGUGGCUCGAGGCUAGCUUAAUCCGGUAUGUAUCAGUAUGUAUGUAAAUCAAUAGUUCUACGUAAAAAGUAGAAGACAAAAAUAUAGACCAGAAUCAAAUGAAAAACAUGGAUGUAUAUGUUAUAAAAACUGUAUAAUUCCGGCUGCAGAGUGAGGGCAUAUCUGUUCGAAUUUAUUUUUAUACAAAUUUUCUGCACGGAUACUCAAAACUGCUGCGUGGCGUCUGUGAGACAGCUGCACGGCCACGCAGCUUUAAGGGAACAUUGCUUAGGACGGCAAGUUUCUAGGACUCUACAUCCCACAACAUACAGCUGGGAAGUCCACAUGCUCCCCUGCCCUCAGAACUUUUGAAGGGGAGGAUCAAUCUAUCUUGAUCGUCAAUUGCAAUUAAUAUUUUAAAAAUAUAAGCUCUACAUAUGUAUCUUGCUACAAAGCAAUAUGAGAUGGUAAUGGAAUGACAGGUCAAUAAUCCAUAGGCAAAAACAAGAUUAAAAGCAUAGCAAAAGUUGACCUGAUCCAUGCCUAUAAGCAUUUGAUUAGAUACAAUUGUAAGACUUUGAUUUCUGUUAAGUUUUGUCAAUAAAUUAUAAUGAAAUUAGUUGCACUCUUCUUUUAAAUGACUUAUUAGUGUAUAUAAAUGAGGAUAGGUUCCCUUGUGGUCUAUGAAUCUAUCAUUAAAACCCCUAGGCACAAGUAGAUGAUGAUUCAUACAAGAGUCAUCUAAUUAUACAAGUCAUUUCACCACACUAUAAAUCUUAGGAAAUUAUAGCUGAAAUAGGAUUUAUAUGUAAACAGAGUUUGGGAACUACUUCAUUGGAGUCACUGUAUUUGUUGGUGAAAAGGUUUUCUCUAUAUUCCUCACAGUCUUCCAAAAACCGUCAUCAUCGCUCUAGUCACCACCAUCACAAGUCAAGGUCACGAGACAGCAGGGAGAACAAACCAGACAAGGAGAGAGAGUCAGACAGAGUCAGCAAGAAGAUGCAGAAAGUUGGUUUCAUCAAAGUCUAUGAUAUUUCCUGUAUCAAUCCAGUCAACAAAUACCUGGCUCAAAACUACAGGUAAGUUGUUUUCAUCAAAUUUCAUGUAUAAACCCAGUCAACCUGCCUCAAAAUUACAGAUAAUUUGGUUUCAUCAUAGUCUUUGAUAUUUCCUGUAUCAAUCCAGUCUCCAGGUACCUGUGCCAACACGACAGGUAAAUUGCUCUCAUAAUAUUUCAUGUAUCAAACCCACCAAUACAGAGAAUAUUUAGGGAGUCACAGACAGGACAGGAAUAUUUAAAUGGCAUGGUAGAUCAGUGCAAGAAGAAAUGAAAUGUUUUAUCAACAAUGAAAAAAGCUGCAUUUAUUACUUCAAAGAGAAGCAAGUGGCCCUGGAGCUGCAGCAUGCCGACCACUGCCUUAAAGUCAAUGCUAUAAAGGAAACAUCACUACAAUACUUUAGAAAUGAAUGGUCAUGAGCAUCUAACAAUGCCAAAUUAUGCCUAUAGCAAGUAGUGAGUGGUCAUGAGUACCUAACAAUGCUAAAUUUUGCCUAUAGCAAGUUAUGAGUGGUGAGUGGUCAUGAUUAUCUAACAAUGCUAAAUUUUGCCUAUAGCAAGUUAUAGUUUGAGCAAAAAUGUCAAUAUAAUAUUUAAUAGGGAAAUUUAAUGGGCAUGAACUCAAUUUUGAUGGCACGUUUUGGUGAUUUAAAUUGAUUGUCUUUCUAGGCUUGAUCUGGACAAGUUGGGUGAAACUUGUAGACAUAAUGUUGAUGUGGCUACUAAAAUAGGAAGAAAAGAUUUAAUUCAGGUUAGUCUAGUAGGUGUGUCUUUGUUAAGAUCCACAUGUAUAGCAAUGGAAGUUCUGCAUAUCUUUGUGAAAAGAAUGAAUGUGCCUUUGUUAAGAUCCACAUGUGUAUCAAUGGAAGUUCUGCAUUUAUUUGUGAAAAGAAUGAAUGUGUCUUUGUUAAGAUCCACAUGUGUAUCAAUGGAAGUUCUGCAUUUAUUUGUGAAAAGAAUGAAUGUGUCUUUGUUAAGAUCCACAUGUGUAUCAAUGGAAGUUCUGCAUUUAUUUGUGAAAAGAAUGAAUGUGCCUUUGUUAAGAUCCACAUGUGUAGCAAUGGAAGUUCUGCAUUUAUUUGUGAAAAGAAUGAAUGUGUCUUUGUUAAGAUCCACAUGUGUAUCAAUGGAAGUUCUGCAUUUAUUUGGGAAAAGAAUGAAUGUGUCUUUAUUAAGAUCCACAUGUGUAUCAAUGGAAGUUCUGCAUUUAUUUGGGAAAAGAAUGAAUGUGUCUUUAUUAAGAUCCACAUGUGUAUCAAUGGAAGUUCUGCAUUUAUUUGUGAAAAGAAUGAAUGUGCCUUUGUUAAGAUCCACAUGUGUAUCAUUGGAAGUUCUGCAUUUAUUUGGGAAAAGAAUGAAUGUGUCUUUAUUAAGAUCCACAUGUGUAUCAAUGGAAGUUCUGCAUUUAUUUGUAAAAAUAAUGAAUGUGUCUUUGUUAAGAUCCACAUGUGUAUCAAUGGAAGCUUUGCAUAUUUUUGUGAAAAGAAUGAAUGUGUCUUUGUUUAGAUUAGAGACCGACCAAAAUUGAUUUUCUGAUUUUGGCCGAAACCGAAACUAGGCCGAAUGUCAAAAAUAAAUUUGGGGUGAAGCCAAAAGCUUAACGAGACUUUUGGCCAAAGCUGAAACAAAAAGCUUAACGAGACUUUCGGCCGAAACUGAAAUAUUUAGAUAACGAGACUUUUGGCCAAAGCUGAAACAAAAAGCUUAACGAGACUUUCGGCCGAAACUGAAAUAUUUAGAUAUUUUGAAAUUCGCGUACACAUACAUUCUGCAUACAUCCAAAAUGAUUGGGGAAAGUAUCAAUAUUUUAAUUGUUUUUAUAAAAAAUGAGAUCAUCGUGAAUAUUAAUAAAUAAACAUCUAAUGCAGGGGUCUCAAACUCGUGGCCCGCUAGCCAUUUGUGGCCUGCAAGACGAUAUUUUAUGGCCCGCUACAUGACAGCAAAGUUUUAUUUUAUAGCAUUUUAUGAGACAAACAUGGCAAAAGUAUGGUUUUGAGAAAAGUUUUAAAAAGUCAGUUGGUGGUUAAUGCACAACCAUAAUUGUGUAAAUUGUAGCAAUCAGACACAGUAUCAAAGAAUCCCUAUUAAAAUUGCCGCUAGUGUUUAUGAGUGAGGGAAAUUCCGAGCCUGUCAGCUUGUCGCUUUCAAAAUUGGAUUAGUCAAAAAGGCCUUUUCUACGAUAAAAAAAUCAAAAUUCAUUCUCCCUACAAUAGCUUCUUCCUUCGCAUAAAUAAAUAUUAAUAAAUAUGGCCUGCUCCUGCUUACCGUUUGAACACUUUUUAAAGCCUUCAUGAAGAAGGAUGGGGUGCUUUUCCUGUACUAAGUGAUCCCAAAUGGCUCAUGAACUUGGCUUUUCUUGUUGACAUUUGGCAGGAGCUGAAUUUACUCAACAAGAAGUGACAAGACUAGGGAUAGCUUGUCAGUGUUGCCUAUGACAAUGUCAGGGCAUUCUGCACAAAACUUAUGUUAUGGUUCUAAGAGAAACCUCUGCCAUUUCCCUAAAUGAUAAGUACUCAUAGACUCUGGCACACCAUUCAGUAAUAAGUAUACUGAUAACAUUGCAAAGCUACAGGAAGAAUUUGAUCACAAUUUUGAGACUUCAAAACAAACACAGCCACUUUUCAGCUUUUUGCUGACCCCUUCUCCUUUAAUGUGGAAGAUGCUUCUCUCUUUCUCUCCCCCCCUCCUCCCUUUUUAAAAAUUAUUUUUGUUGUUGUCUUUUUUUGGCUUCAAAUGGAGCUGAUUGCUCUUCAAUGCAAUUCUACGUUCAGGGAAGUGAAUGGAAAACCAAAUAAGCAUGGACAGUUUAUGAGAGCAUUGCCCUCCACCUUCACUGAGAUUUCCAGGUUGUUCAAGGGGAUCAUGCGCCGUUUUUGGGAGUACCUAUCUGUGUGAAAAGUUUUUUUCCACUAUAAACUUUAACAAGUCAAAAUUCAGGACCAACUUACUGAUGAGCGUCUUCAAGCUAUACUAAGGGUCUCAGUUGCUUCCUCAAGCCAAAGUUGCUCAGCUGUGUAAGAAGAAGCGCUGCCAGGUCUCUGGCAGCAGUGAGUAGGAGGAAGAAAGUGAAGCCUAGUACUUGAGAACCCGUAAUGUUUUUAUUUGUUAUUAAGAAAGGUUGAGCAGAUUGUAACAGUUGAACUUUAAUGAAUUUGUAAUAGCAUUUUUUUUGUGUGGAAUACUUGAUGCGGCCCAGUCUCAAUCAGACUCUGCCUCCUGCGGCCCCCGGAUGAUUUGAGUUUGAGAUCCCUGAUCUAAUGAAUACUUUGGCUUUUACUAUUUUAAUAUUUAAAAGCAAUUUAAAUUUCUUUAGGAUAAAAUUUGGAAAGGGGGGGGGGGGUGUUGUUGCAAAAUUCAUGCAAAAUAAACCCUUCAGUGCCCUUUGUUUUUAUAAUAUAAUGACAACCUCAAACAAUACCCUACAAUAAUUAUUUUGUAAAAGCAAUUUAAAUUUCUUUAGGAUAAAAUUUGGAAAGGGGGGGGGGGUGUUGUUGCAAAAUUCAUGCAAAAUAGACCCUUCAGUGCCCUUUGCUUUUAUAAUAUAAUGACAACCUAGAACAUAUACCUACAAUAAUUAUUUUGGCUCUAAUAGAGCCAAUUGUCUCCUAAAUAUAAAUUAUUAAGGCUAUUAAAAUAUCACCACAAUGUUUCUCGGUUAUCGUCAAUCUAAUGCUUUGUGUUUACAUAAAUAGCUGGCAAGAUAUUGCUGUAUUAAUAUUUAGCCUAGAAACACACUAGUCUUUCCGUGCUGGUGAUGUAAUUAUUUUGUUCGUUGACCAACCUCCCUCACCCCCAUUGAUGGGGCACAUUUUUUUUUUAACCGGGUCUCUUAAAAUUUUUGUUUUGACUGGUCUCGACAGAGAAUUGCAAAAGACAUCUAAAUUGGUCGCCAAAAUCAUAAAAGUAAACAGGUCUGUGGUAGGCCUACUACAUAAUUAUAAUACGACCCCGUGAUACAUGCACACACAUGUUAUUUCGUCAAUAACAUUGUUUAUGUGCAUGACAAUGAUGAAUUUCAAGAAAUGAAAGGUAUGAAAAAGCCUAAGUUUCCUUAAUUUUUUUAAUUUAUUUUUUUUAAUGACAGUAAGACGUCUAGCAAUAAUGAAUAUCAGUCUGUCUUCUGGUAGACCACCGAAAACCUCAGUCACUUUUGGCUAGAUGGCCGAAAGUUUCAAUCACUUAAACCGAAAGUUAACUUUUCAGCUUCGUCCGAAUCCCAAACUAGGCCGAAAGUGAUCAAAUGGCAACUUUCGGCGCCGAAACCAAAGCCGAAAUUCGGUCGGUCUCUAGUUUAGAUGCACAUGUGUGUCAGUGGAAGCUCUGCAUACAUUGUUGAACAGAAUGAAUGUGUCCCUGUUAAGAUUCACAUGUGUGUCAGUGGAAGUUCUGCAUACAUUGGUGAACAGAAUGAAUGUGUCCCUGUUAAGAUUCACGUGUGUCAGUGGAAGUUCUGCAUACAUUGGUGAACAGAAUGAAUGUGUCUCUGUUAAGAUUCACAUGUGUGUCAGUGGAAGUUCUGCAUGCAUUGGUGAACAGAAUGAAUGUGUUUUUGUUAAGAUUCACAUGUAUGUCAGUGGAAGUUCUGCAUACAUUGGUGAACAGAAUGAAUGUGUUUUUUGUUAAGAUCCACAUGUAUGUCAGUGGAAGUUCUGCAUACAUUGGUGAACAGAAUGAAUGUGUCUUUGUUUAGAUCCACAUGUAUGUCAGAGGAAGUUCUGCAUACAUUGGUGUACAGAAUGAAUGUCUUUGUUUAGAUCCAUGUAUGUCAGAGGAAGUUCUGCAUGCAUUGGUGAACAGAAUGAAUUUAUGUUAGCCUGCCAAAGAUGAUAACAUUAUAUUAUAAUGAUUUUAAUGUGUAACCUGUUAUUUCUCUUCAUUCCCAGUUAUGGCAGCUUGUCUGUCACAUGACACAGCCCAGUUUGAAGCCAUCCCCAAACAUUGCACAUGAGGCACCCUGGGCCUACUGUCCAUUCGGUAGGCCACUUCUCAAACAAAUGUAAGUGACUAAGUCAUUUUUUGAGGUUGUUAAGAAUGACAUUCCAUUUUCAUUUUCCUGCUUCAUCCUUUGGAUUUAAAUAAACAUUCUAAAAAAAAAAUCAAUUAUGUAGAGCCUAUCGAUGUCCAGAUUUCAUUAAUGAGGGAAUAAUCAUAGGGAAACGAAGUUAAGAACAAUAUGUUUCUAACAUAACCUGUUUAUUGUUUAGUCAUUGACUUUUGAAUUAGAUUAAAAACAAUGUCAUUGACUACUGAAUUACAGUAAAGUUAAAAAUGUUAGUUGAGUUUUCAUUUGUCAAAAUUUCUGUAUUGCUGCCCAUGUCUAAACUUCAGUUUUUAUGUAAGCGUUUCAAUGGCUUGAUUUAAUAUCUUAAAUUAAGCGAGGCCGUGCUGUCCUGCUAUUCAUACCUGAAAUGUCAGAAUUUUAUCAGUAAACCUUGAAACAAGAAUCUUUCAGGAAUUUAUCAGACUCAAGUAAGUGAUCCAACUAUUGAUGUUUUUUUUUUAAACCAGGCUGGAUCACUCUGCCAAAUCAAGAGAUGUUCAAACCAUGGCCAUGUUGUGCUGUGUAUUCUGGGACAGGGACAGACCCAAGAAGGAUCGAAUACCUUUUGAUCGAACAAGUCAGUCCAAGAAUGAGCCCCGCUCCACUUUUGAAUACGCCGCAGCAAAUGUAAGUCUCGGCCGCUCAGAACUAAAACUAGUGCAUGUUCUGCAUUGACAUGACGGCAUUGUGAGUAGGGAAAAUAGGUUUAUGUUUUAGUAUCCUUUAUGAAUCUCAGUUUAAACUAACGAUUGAUUCAAUAAUUCAAUGUAUAGAUGCCCUUACUUGCAAUAUUCAGUACGCUGUAGAAAUCUUCAAACACAAAUUAUUAGAGCUUUCAAAUUUUGUUGAUUAGAUUUACAAAGAAACAAAAUCACUAACUCACACACACACAGACUCACUAACUCACACACACACACACACAGACUCACUAACUCACACACACACAGACUCACUAACUCACACACACACAGACUCACUAACUCACACACACACAGACUCACUAACUCACACACAAACAGACUCACUAACUCUCACACACACAGACUUACCAACUCACACACACAGACUCACAUACACACAGACUCAAUAACUCACACACACACAGACUCACUAACUCACACACACAGACUCACUAACUCACACACACACUGACUCACUAACUCACACACACACAGACUCACGAACUCACACACACAGAUCACUAACUCACACACACACACAGACUCACUAAAUCACACACACACAGACUCACUAACUCACACACACACAGACUCACUAACUCACACACACACACAGAAUCACUAACUCACACACACACCAGAACUGUUUACUCUUACGAUUUUUGCGUACAAUGUACGAUUUUCAGGUGUCUACAUUAUAUAUACUGUAUGUUUAUUUUUUACUAUUAAGAUAAUGUAUUGAAUGAUUUUGUGAUGAUAGUGUACGAUUUUAAGUGUUUAAGGGUAAAUAGGUCUGACACACACACUCACUAACUCACAUACACAGACUCACCAACUAACACACAUAGAUUCACUAACUCACAUACACAGACUCACCAACUCACACACACAUAGACUCACUAACUCACACACACACAGACUCUCUAACUCUCACACACGCAGACUUACCAACUCACACACACACAGACUCACUAAACUCAUUAACACACAUACAUGCGCACACACACAAACUCUUUAACUCACAAACACACACACACACAAUUUCACUAACUCUCUCAAACACAUACACACACAAACUCAUUAACUCACAUACAAGUACACAAACUCAUUAAGUCACACUCAUAUACAGAAAUUCAUUAAUUUGCAUUCACGUGCACACACAGAAAUUCAUUAACAUUAAUCAACUCCUCUACUGGCUUCACCCAAAGACACUGUCUUGUUGAACUUUUGUCCCCUCUUGAAUGCUUAUCUCCAGGAGUCUCAAACUCAUCCUUUGCCCUCCCCUCCCCCCUCAUCCACAAAGUCACAGCUGUCGAAAGCAAUGAGUAAUAAUUGACAGUGGUCUAAAGCAAUGACUACUAAUUGGCAGUGGUCUAAAGCAAUAACUAAUAAUUGGCAGUGAUCAAAGCAAUAAGUACAAAUUAACCGCUGUCUAACGCAAUGACUAUAAAUUGACAGUCAUCUAAAGCAAUGACUAUAAAUUGACAGCUGUCUUAAGCAAUGACUAUAAAUUGACAGUUGUCUAAAGCCAUGACUAUAAAUUGACAGCUGUCUAAAGCAACGACUAUAAAUUGACAGUUGUCUAAAGCCAUGACUAUAAAUUGACAGCUGUCUAAAGCAACGACUAUAAAUUGACAGCUGUCUAAAGCAAUGACUAUAAAUUGAUGGCCGUCUAAAGCAAUGACUAUAAAUUGACAGCUGUCUAAAGCAAUGACCAAAAGAAAUAAUUGAUUUUAUUUUAUAGUUCUAGUAUUCUACAAUUAGUUGAUUCAAUGAUGAAAGUCAUCCAAAAUACACAAGGACAAGGAAGAAGCUGAUCAAAUGACAUUUGCUAAACUAGUCAAUUGUAAAAACUUGAGUUUGAGACUCUUGGUUGUCUGUGAUAAAGCAUAGGGCACCUCACCUAACUUUUGCCUGUCUGUGAUAUGAUUUGGCACAAUGCUGGUAGCACUGCAGCUGUUUACUUUUUACUCUCUUCACUUUUUGAAUAUUGAUGUUUUCUGUCUCUCUUUUUUGGCUGUGAUAAUUGAUACUAAAAUAUUAUUGUCAACUGUCAGAGAAAUUCUGUUUCAUAUAUUUCAGUUUGGCACCACUUUUCUAGGGCAGUGGUUCCCAACAUUUACAUAUACUUGACACUAUCUGCAAGUCGCCUUGAUAACAAUACUUUCCCCUAUAGGGAUGCAUACUUAGUCCUUGGUUUUUUAUGAAAUAAUUGGAAGCCAAGAUUUUUGUUAUGGUGUUAUGAGUGGGAGGGGUGUUAUGAAUUAUUUAUUUGAUAAGUAUGGCAACCACUGCCCAACAUCUCUGUUCCCACCUCUCAUUCUUGUAUUCUUGUAAAAUCCAUUUAUUAACAGUGGCCAACACAAAAUUUGGUGUCUCCAAUGUUGGACGUGUUUCUAAGUAUAUUUGACCCGCUGAUUCCAAAAAAUGGCAUCAAGUUUCCCCUAUCAGCUCUAGUUUUUGAGAUAUUGAACUUGGUUAUUUUUAAGCAUAAUUUAUUCUAUUAAUGUUUGGAUAAAACUGUGCUACGUGGACAUGUGUUAUUUUAUAACAAAAGAUCAGAUUUACUGGAAAAUUGGUAUUAUUAUUCUACAUCAAUAAAUCUCCUAUUGUUAGACUUCUUAAAGCAAGAUCUUCCAGGAAAAUGCCUUAUAAAUUUCUUUAAAAAAAUCUUAACAAUAUGUGCAUUUUAUCUACCGUACAUUCGUAUCUGGCUGACGCUGCAUGCAUAUGUCUUGGUGAAAUCUUUCACUUUACUCUUCGCUUAAGGUUGUCUGGACACCAGUCUAAGUAACUGCAAAAAACUUUUUUCACAAGAAUACAUAAAGACUGACCAUGAUUUAAGUUUGUUCAUUGAUUUCAUGAAAGGUGGGUCAAUUGUGCACUGUCUGAUCUGUGGGUCAUUUGUGCACUGUCUGAUCUGUGGGUCAUUUGUGCACAGUCUUAUCUGUGGGUCAUUUGUACACUGUCUUAUCUGUGGGUCAUUUGUGCUCUGUCUGCUCUGUGGAACAUUUGUGCACUGUCUGAUCUGUGGACCAUUUGUGCACUGUCAGCUCUGUGGGUCAUUUGUGCACUGUCUGCUCUGUGGACCAUUUGUGCACUGUCUGAUCUGUGGACCAUUUGUGUACUGUCUGAUCUGUGGACCAUUAAAAUUCCAGCUUUCAUUUUUCCCUGUGAUAAGUCCAUAUUAACUGUGCAUUAAAUGCACUCUUCAAAACCAAUUUAUCAGCCAGGCCUAGAUUCUUAUAAUUAUUUGCAGUAGAAUUGAUUCUACAUUGUCUUACUAAAGCCUAGCCCCCUCACCAGAACAGUUUGAUCAAUUCAAAAUUCAGGGAUGCAUUUUGGAACAUACUGGAGUUUAGUUUUUCAUCAUUCUACACUUAUUCGGAUAUCAAAGGAAGAGAUGCUAGUGAAAAAUUUAGGUUCCCUGACCUUAAUGUGAUUAUGCAAAAAUCUUUAUUUUUAGAUGUUACCAAAUAGUAUAGCUUAUUAUUAUCAUUUUAACCCUUUAUUUGUUUAAACUACUUUGUUAAAGAGUGAUUUUUUAAAAAAUAUCUGUCACUAAAAAGGAUAUCCUGUCAUUUUGCCCCCUUCGAAAGUUCCCUUUUUUUCUGCGCUAAAAUUAUAGAUGGGACAAUAUGAGGUGGGAGACAUGUUGGUUUUUUCAUGUUGCUUGACGUCAACAAUUUUAAACAAAUGUUAUCCCCAGAAAAAAAACUAAUUUUCAACAACAUUGUUUCAUGAGCAGCUGCCUCUACCUCAGCUCCCCCACGGGCUACACUUCAGACAUGGGUUAUAUUCUGAAAGACCAGUGCUAUUCAGAAAGUUUCUGAUUGUUGAAAAGAAAAAAUGAACAAGAAAAAUGGCAUCAAAUAAGUUAUUUUUUCAAACUCUGUACAGGCUUCCUACAUGUCGAAAAAAAACUAUAUAUGCAGCUUUUUUUAACAGGUCAGGCUGGGAAGCUUUGAACAAUUACAAAUUAUAAAGCAGCAAAAAGUUGAAUUUGUCCUAUGAACUUAACAUUUAUUUAUAUGCCAGUGUGUAUGAAAAGAUAGGAACUACUUGUCUUCAUACACAUAAAAAUGUUGAUAAUUUCACAAAAUAAUUUCCCAUUCAAAUAAUAAUGUUUUUUUAUCAUAUCCUGAUUCCACAAAAGUGACCUUAUACAGAGCUCAUUAAAUUUGUAUAAAUUAACAAUAGCUUAAAAGCUAUAACUGACUGUUAAUGUUAAAUCUGAUGCAAUUUUUGGAAUCAGCACCCCGAAUAACAGUCCCCAAAUCCAGGUACCAAGGGAAAAAAAAAUGUUUGGCCUGUUGAAUCCUAUUUAAUAGAUGAAAAAUGAUGUCAAAGGAAAUUUUGAAGAGCAAGUAUGAAAUAAAGUUGGUCCUGUUGCUAAAUGCUAACAUUGCCUGAGCCAGGACUAGGGAUGUUGAUAUUGUAUAGAAAGCAACCAAAGGUGGAAUAAGAAAAUUAGUUUGUCAUUAGACUCAUGUCAGAUACAAUAACUCAACAAUCAUCAGUUCAUUAGGCAUGUCAGAUACAAUAACUCAACAAUCAUCAGUUCAUUAGGCAUGUCAGAUACAAUUACUCAACAAUCAUCAGUUCAUUAGACUCAUGUCAGAUACAAUAACUCAACAAUCAUCCGUUCAUUAGACUCAUGUCAGAUACAAUAACUCAACAAUCAUCAGUUCAUUAGACUCAUGUCAGAUACAAUAACUCAACAAUCAUCAUUUUAUUAGACUCAUGUCAGAAACUUUUACAAUAACUCAACAAGCAUCAGUUUAUUAGACUCAUGUCAGAAACUUUUACAAUAACUCAACAAUCAUCAUUUUAUUAGACUCAUGUCAGAAACUUUUACAAUAACUCAACAAGCAUCAGUUCAUUAGCCUCACGUCAGACACUUUGAUUAACACAGAUGAAAAAAAAACUCCAAUGAUUAACCCCAUUUUUGUCCUUCCUCUCAUUUAACCACACAGCAGGUGCCAGAUAUUACGUUGGAUAACAGUUCUGACUACAACGGUGGGUGGGAAUUUCUUUGUAAGUUUUCCCUUUGCUUGGUCUGUCCUUGGCCAGGCAAAGCCCUGUCUUGUUCUCACCCAUGUCUGAUCCCAUUUUGUUCUAAAGAAAUUCUGAGAAUGGGCAAGGAUUGUUCCCCUUACAAAAAUGUUUAUUCCACACAUAUCUAGAAGUAAAUUUAGUUUGAAACAAGCUAUUGAAAUAUAGUUUAUCUUGAACAUGUUUCAGUAACUAUUGAAUGACUGCGUGGUUUGCCUCGCUGGUACACCCUUUGUAGGUUUAAUAGCUGCUUCCAACAUGUAGGUCAAUGGCCUUGUAGAAACGGCUACUAAAAUGAAAUUAUAGGAAAUCUUAGGUUAUUGUAGGAUAUCCUUGGUUAUUGUAGGAUAUUGUUGGAUAUCCUAUGUUAUUUUAGGAUUUCCUAUGUUAUUGUUGGAUAUCCUAUGUUAUUGUUGGAUAUCCUAUGUUAUUGUAGGAUAUUCUGUUAUUAUAGGAUAUCCUAUGUUAUUUGUUGCUUUUUUUUUUUUAAACCUUGCUGUGUUUAUGUGCUUAUGACUGACUUUCAGUGCUGCUUUGGAAGUCGGACAUGCUGUCAACACAUUUAACUUCUUCCUUAUUUACGUUGAAAUGAUUUUAUAAUGUCUUCCUAUUUAAAACAAAAUACCAUCCACACAUUUUUUGUACGUUUCCCUAUGUGCUAAUGCAUUUAGCAAAUUCGUAUACAAUUCUUCUUAGUGAUUUAGUCAUUAUUUUAAUUGAACACCAUGUUUGUCUCCCAACAUAGGUUCUUCAGUGCCUUUGAUCAAUAUUAUUAAUCAAUGUACAUUGCAAUUUGGUGCACAUAUCAAACGUUUAUCUUUCUCACUUAGGUUGCAACUAUAAUAAAUGCCUUAGACUACUAAUAUUGUCAAUAUAUCUUUGCUAUGCUAUAUGUAUUGCCACAAACUGUGUCACGUACAUGCACCUAAUCAUUGAGUAACAAUAACUAAAUGUCCCUGGAUAUUUCUAUACAAAUCUGGCCAUCAUAAUGAAUCAACAUGGGCAAUAAAUGAAUGCAGUUUUAUAUCAAAUGUUGAACAGUUUGUGAGGGACUUGCAGGCGUCCCUCACACUGCUCCAUUUAUGGAUUCUACUUUCAAUAGUCAUGUAGCUGUGUGCCCUGUGUGGUUUCAUUUAGUGUGCCGAGCGUCUGUGUCAGUGUGUGUGCCGAGUGUGUCAGUGUGUUUGCGCCAAUCUAAGUGUACAUGCUCUGAGUGUGUGUGUUAGUGUGAAUGUGUUAGUGUGAAUGUGUUAGUGGGAAUGUGUUAGUGUGUGUCAGUGUGCCAAUUAUUUUGUGAGUGUGUCAAGUGUAUGUGUGUGUGAGUAUGCCUAGUGCCAUGUGAGUGUAUGAGUGUCCCCAGUGAGUGUGCAAGUGGUUGACGGCAAAACAGUUUUAAAUCUAGUUUAAAAAUCCAAGGAACCGUUAUCUUGAGAACUAUUGUUUUAUUGACUCUAAGAGUGUGGUCAAAAGAAAUAGAGAAAGAAACGCAGAGAAAAAGAUUCACAGAAAGAGGACAGUAUCUGAAAAAAAUCAAUAUAUAGUACAAGCUAUUUAAAUUGAAACACAUUAAAGUAUAUAUCACUAGCAAUAGACUCUGUGGGAACUCUGGAUAAUUAAAUUUACCUUAUGGCAGUACAUGUCAUUAUAAUGAUAUGGCUGUUAAGAUUCUGCAAACAUAAACGACUUAGCGCAUGACAGUUCGUACAACUCAAACACUACAAAGUAUAAUGGUUAGUUGGAUGCUGGUGUACAUGCUAAGUUUAUUUGAAAUUUAGCUCAUUUCAGCAUAUAUUACUAGAAGGAGGUAAAUAGUAGCCGUUAGUUGUCAACGCACUCACACGCUGGUCUAUAUAAGACAAGGCCUGUGGCCGUACUUUAAACAUAGGCGAUAUCAUUUUCAUGGGAUCAAUUCAAUGAGCUUGACAAGUAAUUAAGCUAAAACAAAUUAACAUAAUCAGUAAUGAAUAGGAAUCGCCCAUAACAAGCAUAAUAAAAUGUACUCUCCACAAUAUGAUAUGGAUAUUACAUGGGUUUUACUUACUAGGCGGCCAGAUAGAACCGUUGAAAGACUAAGAACUAACGUUGCUUGCUACAAGUCGUCUCUAUUAAUUCAAAAGGAGCGAGUCCCAUUGGACUUGCCUGAUAUGGGAAAAAUAGGUGGACAAUGGUGGCAGCGUCUCGGGUCGGUCACGGUACAGAAACAUGGCCGUGCAUGUAGCAUUGUGCUACUUUUAAUUUUGAUUGGUGUGUAUGUUUUAUAGUACAGCCUGGGGUUUAACCACAGCAAUCAAAGUUGCACUCGGAGCGAGUGUUACCUCAUUACUAUUAAGUUUCACGUUGUCACAUUUCUAUGAGAACUUUUCACUGCCAGUCUCGUGGUUUGUUAAGUUAUUUAAUUUAUUGUAUAUUUAUGCUUGUAUUAUUUUCAUGAUACUGUAUCUAUAAAUAUCACAGACAUCACAUAUUUGACAUGAAUAACUUUUUAUCUUUUUAUUUCUCUCCUCCUUCCCCAUUAAAUCAUGCCACCCCAAUUAUUGGCUCCCCCUCCCACAAAUGACAGACCUACAACCCCUACCACACGGUGUCCUCUAUGACCAACCUGCUCAAAGGGUGGACAUCUAGUAAGUCAUUUUCUCCUACAGUGCUCUCCCCUUGCUUCGGCCACACUUUAACAGAGAAAUCAAACACUCAUGCCUUGUCCUUUUGACUGUUGUCAACAAAAUUAAUCCUUACGUGCUUAACCCAGAUAUUCGCAGAUUUAUUACUCAAGGAAUUAGAUACUUACAGAAUUAUUACUCAUGGAAUUAGAUACCCGUGGAAUUAGAAACUUAACAAAUUUUAUUAUUUUUAAACUGAGCUAAAGUAAAACUGGAUUAUAAAAAAACAAAAAUAAUAAUUAUUGUAUCAUUACAAUUACAAAGAAGUUUAAAUUUUAGGUGAAGAAAUAAACUCAAGAAGUGUUGAAGUAUAGGUUAGGUGCACAUUUUAAUAGUUGCAUUCUCAGAUGUCAGAAUCAAGAAAUAAAUCCUAAAUUUUAUCCUAAAGCAGACAAGUGGCUUUCACACUUUUAUUUAGUUAUAUGCUUCAGUACAUAUUUUACAAUAUACUACUGCACUGCAACUGUAAGUUUGGCAUGAAAAUGAGCCAUCUAAAAAUUCUACUGCAUGGUGGGAUGAUAAUCAAAGGGUGGAGCACUCUGUUUGACCUCUUUUGAAUGCUGUAAUAAUUACUGUCCCUCACAAUAAGUGUUUUAAAUAGACUUGUAGCCUUUCUCUUGUGGACUUGUUUCCAUUAGCACUAGUCUCAGUGUUGUGCAACACUAUUGAUGUAGUUUUCAGAGUUGAGCUAGUCUCUUCAUUUUCUUUUGGCACCACAAAUCUCAGCUUGUCCCUCAUGAGUACAUUUCUCACAUUUGCAAUAUUUAUUGUUACUACUAUUCAUGAUUUAUUGUGUUAGCUAUAUUCCUGUAAUUUUAAACAAUAUUUUGCUUUUUUUAGUUAGGACACAUCACAUUUCUAAAAGUUACAUUGUCAGCAUUUUGAGAGUUCCACUGUUGUCAUCUGUAUAUCAAUAACUGUUGUAAACAAUUGUCACAUAAUGAAGCCAAGAUUAGUUGAAUGACACAGCCUAAAAACUUCUGUUGUACAUGGCCUAAAAACUUCUGUUGUACAUGGCCUAAAAACUUCUGUGUUACAUGGCCUAAAACUUCUUUUGUUUCCAGUUUUUCUGAAGACAUUUAAAUAAUUGGUUGUUUAGAUUAGUUUUUGAAAGUCAACAACAGAUCAUGUACAUUAUUUCUGAUGUUUCCUUCAACUUUCUUUGGCAGUAAAGUAUUAGACUUUAUUGACAACUAAAUGACUAACAUGAAGUAGUCGUUUAUUUUUAUUUCUAAUAUGACUGCUAUAAUUAAAGCUAUUGAAAACUAUUUCAAGUAAAUAUUUUAACAUAAAAACUGACACGGCUUGUUUGAGAAUAGCUAUGUGCUAAUGAACAUAAACAAUAGGUAGACAAUGUAACAAUUGUACUCUGUAGAAGGAAUGUCAGAGUUUGCAGUUACACCUUGGGAUUGGAUGAAAUCAACUGUCAUGUGUCAGUCAGGCAUGUGUGGGUUAGUAAUACGGAUGUCAGGGAUCAGGAAAUGAUUGGCUUGGAGGACACAGGCAUUCUGGAAAUCUGGGGAUUGGAUGAAAAAGUUGUUCUGGAAAUACAAGGAUUGGAGGAAAUAUGUGAAAAAGUUGUUCUGGAAAUACAAGGAUUGGAGGAAAUAAGUGUUCUUGAAAUCUGGGGAUUGGAUGAAAUAGUUGUUCUGGAAAUACAAGGAUUGGAGGAAAUAUGUGUAAAAGUUGUUCUGGAAAUACAAGGAUUGGAGGAAAUAUGUGAAAAAGUUGUUCUGGAAAUACAACGAUUGGAGGAAAUAUGUGUUUUGGAUAUCCAGGUAUUGGAGGAAACAGGUGUUCUGGAAAUCCAGGGCUUGGAGGAAUUUGGAAAUCCUGAGUCUGGGGGGUUUAAUUACUUUUAAAAGAAUUGUGAAAUUAAUUUCAGUCAGUACGAGUCAUUUUCUCAGACCCUUACUUCUUUGUUGUAAAAGUAACUAUUGAGUCCAUCAUUUGACUCUGGUGUUGUACACACCCCCAUCUUGUAACUAUUGAGUCCAUCAUUUGACUCUGGUGUUGUACAUACCCCCAUCUUGUAACUAUUGAGUCCAUCAUUUGACUCUGGUGUUGUACACACCCCCAUCUUGUAACUAUUGAGUCCAUCAUUUGACUCUGGUGUUGUACACACCCCCAUCUUGUAACUAUUGAGUCCAUCAUUUGACUCUGGUGUUUUACACACCCCCAUCUUGUAACUAUUGAGUCCAUCAUUUGACUCUGGUGUUGUACACACCCCCAUCUUGUAACUAUUGAGUCCAUCAUUUGACUCUGGUGUUGUACACACCCCCAUCUUGUAACUAUUGAGUCCAUCAUUUGACUCUGGUGUUGUACACACCCCCAUCUUGUAACUAUUGAGUCCAUCAUUUGACUCCGGUGUUGUACACACCCCCAUCUUGUAACCAUUGAGUCCAUCAUUUGACUCUGGUGUUGUACACACCCCCAUCUUGUAACUAUUGAGUCCAUCAUUUGACUCUGGUGUUGUACACACCCCCAUGUUAUAACUAUUGAGUCCAUCAUUUGACUCUGAUGUUGUACACACCCCCAUCUUGUAACUAUUGAGUCCAUCAUUUGACUCUGGUGUUGUACACAUCCCCAUAUUUAAUUUGGACAGGCUUGGAAUUGAGAACAUUGUUAUAUUUUAUUUUAAAUCUUUGAAUAAUUUUUGAGUAUGGCAUCACUUUUGGGAAAGAGGAAAAAAUCAUUGUGAAAAUGAAAAGACAAUUUGCAUUGGGAAAGUCACUAUUGUAGAUAAUUUAUAUGGGGAAAGUCACCAUUGUAGAUAAUGUGUAUUGGGAAAGUCACCAUUAAUCACAAAUAAUAAUGUUCAAGGAAUUGAAAAUCCAUAUAGUGCAUAGACACUGGGGAGUUGUAGAUUAUGUUUGCAUGUGGCAGGUAGGGGGUGGGGUUUUGGCAGAAAGUAUGUACAUUUAUUAAAAAAUUCUGCAGUAAUUGUACUGGAAUUCUGAACGUCCAUAAAUAGCCUGUUUAUAUCUCCAAGUCUAAUGCUUUAAGACAUCACAUGAUGUUUUCUAGGAACUAUCGUUAUAAUUUGCCUUGUAUUUUCACAAGUGGAUUUGCCAGAUAUCCCUCUAGUAGUAGUGCAGUUAUAUUUACUGGACUUGUCAGGACGCCACCAUUCUGUUUAAUUGUAUUGAAUGUUACAUGUGAGUCUGACAUAUUUUGUUCUGCUAUGCCAGCAGUUCCUGAUGUGUUUUGAUUCCCAGUGCCCUUUCCAAAUUUAGGUUUUCACCAGGCGCCCUGAAUUAAAUUCUAACAAGUACACUUUGAAAUAGGGAAAUUGUUAAAAACAUAAAAUGAAGGGUUGGGAAAAAAAUUGUGUUAAAGUUUAUAGUUUACUAAGCGUCAUCUAGUGAAGACAAGCGUUGCUGUUCUCACCAGACCCCUCUAGAUUUCAAGGAUUUAAAGUUGGAACAAAAUUAUGAAAAUGUUUUAAUAUUUCUCGGCAACCCAGGGCAGGUGGCAACCCAGGGCAAGCGGCAACCCAGGGCAGGCUGCGCUUAGGGAAAGUGGCUCCUGGGGCGAAGACUGAAUAUGGCUUUAAAAAAAAGCAGUAGCCUGUAUUGGACCAGUAAAAAGCCAAUGCCCUGAUGUGAUCAUAAAGAUCAAUUUUUUUUUUUAAUUAAGGGGUGGGGGUGGAAAGAUCAUCUUACCUACACAUAAGAGGGGGGGGGGGAUAUCUUAAAAAAGAUACAUUUGCUUUUUUUUUUUUUUUUUUUAAGGUUUUUUUUGGUUGGAUGGUCCCNGUCAGUGUUUGAGACGAUAAGUUUUCGUCAAGUCAGUCUCAAGUCAGUGUUUGAGACGAUAAGUUUUCGUCAAGUCAGUCUCAAGUCAGUGUUUGAGACGAUAAGUUUUCGUCAAGUCAGUCUCAAGUCAGUGUUUGAGACGAUAAGUUUUCGUCAAGUCAGUCUCAAGUCAGUGUUUGAGACGAUAAGUUUUCGUCAAGUCAGUCUCAAGUCAGUGUUUGAGACGAUAAGUUUUCGUCAAGUCAGUCUCAAGUCAGUGUUUGAGACGAUAAGUUUUCGUCAAGUCAGUCUCAAGUCAGUGUUUGAGACGAUAAGUUUUCGUCAAGUCAGUCUCAAGUCAGUGUUUGAGACGAUAAGUUUUCGUCAAGUCAGUCUCAAGUCAGUGUUUGAGACGAUAAGUUUUCGUCAAGUCAGUCUCAAGUCAGUGUUUGAGACUCUCUAAAAUUGAGGAAAGCAGCUUCAAAAUUCCCACUGUUCAUUUUUAUAAACCAUGGAAACGGAUAGCUUGACCCAGUUGUUUUUCUAAGCUUAGUUAACUUCGUAUAAAACUGAGGAUCAAAACUAUGAAAGCAAUUGUAUCAAUUAUAAUGCAUAGCUUGUUGGAACAGUUCAGACAAAAAAUAGUUCAACCGAUAUUAAGGGAUACCGGUAGACUUUUCAAACUGAACGGUGAAAAGAUGUUUCCAAUGAUGCGAUGUUGAGUGUCACGUCUACUGUUCAUUUCAGAGUUUCUCUGGACAACUGAACAGGGACAGUAGUUUUUUUAUCAAAAAAUGUAUUUUAUAAGACUAGUUUUUCUGUCUCAAGUACUGCACAUAUCACAUUUACUGAUGUCUGUCUCAAGUACUGCACAUAUCACAUUUACUGAUGUCUGACUCAAGUACUGCACAUAUCACAUUUACUGAUGUCUGUCUCAAGUGGUGCACAUAUCACAUUUACUGAUGUCUGACUCAAGUGGUGCACAUAUCACAUUUACUGAUGUCUGACUCAAGUGGUGCACAUAUCACAUUUACUGAUGUCUGACUCAAGUGGUGCACAUAUCACAUUUACUGAUGUCUGAUUCAAGUACUGCACAUAUCACAUUUACUGAUGUCUGACUCAAAUACUACACAUAUCACAUUUGCUGAUGUCUGCUCAAGUUCUGUACCAUAAAGUGUUGCUCUUUGCAAAUGUCAUACAAAAAUGUAAACAACAAAUAGAUUGUGAGUGCUUCCGGCUCCGUGUCAUAUGUUCUACCUUUGGUUUGCCACUGUCAGGCUGUUCAUCUCCCAUAAUGAGACAAGUGCCGCACCUAAUGAGACAAGUGCCGCAGCCAACGAGACAAGUGCCACACCUAACGAGACAUGUGAUGCACCUAAUGAGACGAGUGCCGCACCUAAUGAGACAAGUGCCGCACCUAAUGAGACAAGUGAUGCACCUAACAAGACAAGUGAUGCACCUAACAAGACAAGUGAUGCACCUAAAGAGACAAUUCCCACACCUAAUGAGACAAGUGCCACACCUAAUGAGACAAGUGCCACACCUAAUGAGACAAGUGCCGCACCUAAUGAGACAAGUGCCACACCUAAUGAGACAAGUGCCACAUCUAACAAGACAAGUGAUGCACCUAAUGAGACAAGAGCCACAUUAUUGUUCUGUUCACUACGUGGAUUCAAGACAAGUGAUGCACCUAACGAGACAAGUCACACACCUAAUGAGACAAGUGCCACACCUAAUGAGACAAGUGCCACACCUAAUGAGACAAGUGCCGCACCUAAUGAGACAAGUGCCACACCUAAUGAGACAAGUGCCACAUUUAACAAGACACGUGAUGCACCUAAUGAGACAAGUGCCACAUUUAACAAGACAAGUGAUGCACCUAAUGAGACAAGUGCCACACCUAAUGAGACAAGUGCCGCACCUAAUGAGACAAGUGAUGCACCUAAUGAGACAAGUGCCGCACCUAAUGAGACAAGUGAUGCACCCAAUGAGACAAGUGCCGCACCUAAUGAGACAAGUCCCACACCUUACUGCUUUUUAUGUGUAUUAUGAUAUGAAAGGGGGCUGAAGAAACACAUUUGAUUUUAAUUGCUUGAGAGCAUCAGAUUUACCAAUGCAAUAAUGUACAUGUCUGCAUUCGUGCUAUCACGCAUGGACUACUGCAAUGCUCUUAUGGUGGGUCUUCCAGCUACGCUCCUGGAUAAAAUUAAAAAAGCACAUAAUAAUGCGGCUCGCAUUGUGCUUUGCAAAUGCAAAUUUAACCAUGCUAAAACACUUCUGAGAGAGUUGCAUGGGCUGCUGGUCAGCGCUCGCAUAGAGUACAAAAUUGCAACUCUGUGCUACCGCUGCUUGCAUGACCUGGCACUGUCCUAUCUCAAAGAGCUGCUGACGCCUUAUUUACCCACUAGACAACUCCGCUCAUAUGAUAGUGGCAAACUCUAAAUACCACGUGUUCGCCUUGAGACUUACAAGGGGCGUACUUUCGCAUUUGGUAGCCCAACAAUUUGGAACACCCUUCCUGUCGCUCUCAGAAACAGCCAGUCACUGGAGUCUUUCAAAACUGAUUUGAAGACAUAUCUAUUUUGCAAAUACCUGCUGGAAUGAUGUUGUCUAUCUAGCUAUUAUCUUGUGGAUGUUUAUUGGCCUGUGUUGUUUAUGGUUGUUAGGCAUGAAAGACUUAGAAUGGGUUUUCUUGUAUAUAGUUUUGGCAAUGUUGCAUUUUGUAUUUCAAUGUGGUCUAUUAUAGAUUGUUUCAUUUCUCUUUUAAUAAACUAGACUCUGUACCGCGCUUCAAGCCUUUGGGGAUGAAGUGUGAUUUUCAAAUAAACUUUAUUAUCAUUAUUAUCAAAAAGGUGUAUGAUAUUUUAGACAUAGCUUGAGACAGUGUCAUUCAGAAUGUUGUAUGAAAUGGUCUGAUAAUGGGAACCUACCUCCCCCCUUUCCUUCCCCUUUAGUUCUUUAUUUAAUUAAUAAAUCUGCCACUGUACACUUAUAAUAUCAUAUAAUAUAAUUUAACUGAUAAAACUACCACUGUACACUUAUAAUAACAGCUAUUUUCUGAUCACCAUGAGCCAUGUAUUCAUAUUUAGUUAGACUAGUUAAAAAUGUUAAUUGCUGUGUGUGUUCACUUUCUUUGCUUGGCAUUCAAUAGCCAAAAUAGUUUUGCCACACAGUACUUAAGCCUUCUGUAAGGAGACAAGAGUAGUAAUAGUUGUCAUAAUUAAGUGCACCUUUCAAGUUAACUGUCCAUGAUAUAAAUCCUGUAAGGGCCUCUAGUAAACCAAAGAAUAUAAGCUUAAAUUAUUGUAUCCCUCAAGUUCUUGCAGAGUGAAAAUAUCAAGUAAAUCUCUUUAUUUAAAUACAGUUGAAUAUAAUGUUAUUAAAAAGCAAGAUGAUUUUUUUAAAGAUCCUUAAAAGAAGAUUUUUAAAAACUCAGUUGAAAAAAAAUAAAAACAUUUGAGUUAAGUAAUUUAUCAAGAAGGCUUAAUUGUACUUUUAAAUUGAUUUUUUGUUUUUUUGUACCUGUACAAUGAUAUUAACCUUUAAUUUACUCAGGUGUGACUCAGUGAGUACAUACGGUAUUUUAUUCAGUCAGCUGUUAGAACACCAGUUGUUAUUUUGCUGAUGAUGUUGCAUGGCCAAGAAAUGUCUGUCUUCUUGCCACUUUGGCACACAAGACAAUGUUAUGUAACUUUUUUAAUAGCAUAUACCUGAUGAAUUCAGAGCUAAUUUCACAUUUCAUAUUAUUGCAGACUGUUUCAUGAGGUUUGUUAUAACGUUCAAUUCAUAAUUCUUUGUCCUACUUAGUUAGAACCUUACAGAGAGAUUUAUCUUUUAAAAUUAUUGGUCUGCUAACAGAAAAUAAGUUGAUAACAUGAUUUUUAACACUAAAAUUUUGAUUGACAGCCAGGAGGUUUGGAAUAAGAACUUUUUUCACACUGUUAACAUUUUUGUACAAUAAUUUGUACCCAUUUAUUUGUCAGCAAAAGAAUGAUUAUAAGACAUUCCCAACUGGCUGAAAAAAAUCAUGGCUUUGACUUUACAAAGUACAUUUUAAAAUCUACUUUAAAGGAAAAUAUUUAAACCAUAUGGUACACAAGAAAGGGAAAAAAAAGAAAGAUUUACCAGACAAAAAAUUAAGAAACAGAUUGUCUUUUAUUUGUAGUCUUUUUUUAGACCUUGUAUUUCCUAUAGUAUCAGCUUGUCAAGUUGAUGUUUUUUUUUUUAAAGUCCUAUUGUAAUAUUAUAUGAAUGUUUUAAACUUGACUGCAAGGGGCACAAACUGCUUGGAAACUUGUGAUGACAUCGAGGAUAACCUCAGCAGUUGGGGGAAGCUGAUUUAGCUUGCGACCAAUCUUUAACCUAUUUAACUGACUUAUUACCCCCGUUCUUCAUCAACUUUAGUCAACAAGACAGGCUCUGCUACAGCAGCUUCGCUGCCGCCGCACACUCAGCAGCAGAUCUCCCCGUCGCCAUUUCCUCUCCUCUCCCCUGUCCCGCCUCCUCCGCCCUCCUCAUCACCAUCAUCAUUGCUUGCAUCCGGCUCAGCUCGAGGCAAAGGUCGGACCAUGGCAGAGGUUGCAUCUCAGCCUAAUUUGGCAGCACUGUUCCGUGCAGGUUGGUAUCCGACACAUCCCUGAUGCUUAUUGUUUACUAGGCCGGUGGCCAUCUUGUUCUUGUUUUCAAUGGGAUAUGGAUCUAAGCAGGGACAAGGGACACAAUCAUUGGCUGUGUAUCAGAACCCCCAACCCUCUUCCUUAAAUGGACAUUGUUGUUUUUUUUUUGUUUUUUUAAUCAUUCCUUGCAUUGCGUCUGAAUUAUGUGCACUUCAAAUUAUCACUAAAGCAAAAUAUUUUUUUACAAAUAUAAAGCUUUAUAAAGCUUUGGCAAAAAGUUUAUGUAUCAAUAAUUUUUGCAUUAAAUUGCUUUUAAUUUUGAGUCAGUGACGCUAUUUUUAACUUUAACAACCCUGGUUAUCUAACAACAGAUCCAUGUCACUUGAUUUAUUCUAACAUAAUCAAUCAUUAUUUGAUUUCUAUAUUCUGAUAACCAUAACCUUGAUAUGCACCAGAAGUUAAAUGCAAAUUAAAUUUUUAAUCAAAAUAUUUCUUAUUAGGAUGCCAUGGCAACUUAAAGAGUUUACUUAUCAAAUUCUUUAUCUCUAAAAAAAAUAUCUUUCCAAUCUAAUGAAAAAAAUUACAAUAAAUUUUUGUUUGUUAUUUUUCUAUUUCCUUUUGCAUAGUUCCACUUGAAAAAAUAUUGACAACAAUUUAUAAUUAUGUCAAUAAAUCUCUGCAAAUCAUGUUGAUGUAUCUCCUGCAAAUCUGUAAACAUGAAGUAAAUGUUGCUAUAAUACGGUACAAAGAUGCUUGUACUUGUGCUGCAGAGAUGGCUUAGAAUGCAGGGAUAUGUUCAUUGCUUUGUUUAAAUUGAACCAAAGUGAUAAGUUAAAGAGCUGGUUUAGACUUAAAGCACAGUGACACAGUGAUAAGAAAGUGGGCUUUUUUCAAUUAUACUAAAGUGAUAAGUUAAAAAGUGAGCUUGAUAAUAUCACAAUAGCUUUGAUUUUGAAACUCUUCAAAAGUAGAGAUAACUUUUAACUUAACAAUUAUUUCAUUGUGUACUCUGGUUUGACUGAGCUGCCCUCGUCAUCUGAGAGUUUUUCUAUAAAUGAAAUGCCAUUGGUUAUGUUACCCACAUAGGACAGUCAUUAACUCUCUUAACAAAUGUUAUUGGUGUUGACAUCCCAUGACUGGUAUGUCUAUUGAUGGUUUUGUUGUGUGUUUAGUACAUGUGAGCAGAGCUAGUUUACCAAUAGUCUUGGAAUCUAAUUCACGUUUUCUAAAGUUCCUGCAUUCUUGAUGUUGUUUGCUUGUGUUAUAACUCAAUGCCAAUAAUGCUUGCUGUUAAGCAAAUAAACAGUCAAUUAAUAUUUAGAUUGUUGGAAUAUCCGUGAUUUCAUCUCUUCAGUUAUGCUGUGGGCAUUUUGUAUUUAUUUUAAAAACGUUGUUAGUUUUAAAACAAAUUUGGCAGAUUCUUGAAUUGCAUACUAAGAUUAUGUUUCAAUAUGGUAUUUAUCACAUCCACCAUUCUUGAACUUCACAUGAACUUAACUAAAUAAAUUUAUGGCUAGAUAUCUUGAUUUAAUUUAAUAUGCAUAAAAUUGAUUUUAAAUUAUUGGUAAUGCUUAAUUUGUUUUAAUAAUUGUUUAAAUGAGCAGUUCACGCAUCAAAAAUACUAUUGUAAACGCUAUUCUUGUCAUAGUGUGCUUACUUGUCAUAGAUUUUGAUAUAAUAUCUUCCACCUCCUCUUUAAAGGCCGCAGCAAAUCUGGCAAAUCGGCAGGUAACGACCAUGCAGUGUUCUCAUUUUGUAACAGUUGAUAACAAUCUUAGAGUGUUCCCAUGUUGUAUUAGCCGUUGUUGAUGUUGAGUUGGGCUUCAAAAGCUGUGGAAAGUCUUCUAUAGUCAAGUCAAUCCAGGUGUCUAUCAUUGUACAGUUUAGUUAUGUCUCCAUGGCAGGUUUGAUCCCUAUUCAGAGAAUUUCUUUUUUUAAGAAAUAGCCUAAUAACAACAGUCUUAAGUCUAAAUUUAAUCAAGCAGUGUGAGCUCAUGCAGGCCUGACUAAUGGGAACCAACCACCACAAAAAUGGAGGCUUUUUCCAAGGGCAAGCUACUGUUUUACUAAAAUCUGAAUUUGUUCAUUCUCAAAAGAUUUUUCUCUACUACCUGUACUUAUUUGUUGGAUAAUACUAUAAUAGUCUUUAGAUUUAUUAUAUUUUAAAUGGCAAACCACAUCUCUAUCUUAAUAAAUAUUUCCUAAAACAGACCUUUGACCAGCUUCAGAAGCCCAACUGAUCCAACUAUUAACUUAUAGUUACUGCUUCCUGCUGCAUGAAUGAAAUACAAAAUUCAGCAGUCCAUUUCUUUAACCAGAGUUCUUUUUUUGUUAAUAGUAAUUUAUUUGUAAUCAUUUUCUUCUUUAACAUAAAGGUAAAAAUGGUUCAGAUCCUUUUCUUUUUUUAAAUCCUCCUCUAAAUAACAUUUAACAAUCACUUUGCCAUUAAUCACAUGCUACCUGUACCAUUGACAAAUAGUCACUUUACCAUUAAUCACAUACCACCAGUACCAUUAACAAAUAGUCACUUUACCAUUAACACAUACUACCUGUACCAUUGACAAAUACUCACUUUUAAAAUAGCAAUUUAAAGUAUGUACGUAAAUGUAGUUCAAAUCAAUUCAGUCCACAAAGUAAAAAUUUAUUUGGUAGCUUCUUGUGCAACCAUGGUAUGUAGGACUUUACACUUCAUCUAGCAAAUCUCCUGAAUACCAAGAAAUAAGUAAUAUCCCUCACAUUAUACUAAAAGUCUUUAUAAAAUGCCCUUGUGUCUCCUGCAGACCUCCUCUUAACAUGUAGCCUUAUGUUACUGUACUCUUCUCAGCUUAAAGCCAAUACUUGAACACACUAACAUACAGGCUUGAUUCAGUAUUUCUAUAUCCUGAUGCUUCUAUUGUGUUAAUUGUCAGACCUAUCUAACAUUACCUUAUCUAAAACUCCCUUCAUUUAAUCAAUGUAAACUCUUAUUAUUAAUUCUAAUUAAGUAGGUUGGACUGAUAGGAGCGUAUAUGAGACAUUUGCACAAGACUGUUGGUUAAAAUUAAAAUGCAGAAGAUAAGUGGUGGGCUAAAAGAAAACUGGAUAUUUGUUAAUCAUUCAAAUGUAUGAUGUUUUCUGAAUCAAUGCUCUACUUUGUUUCCAGAGAAGCAAAUGAAUUUAAAAUUAAUGUCUUUAAUGUUAGUAUUAAACAAGUAAACUACCUUUCUUUUUAAAUAUAUGUUGAAGUCUUGGACAGUGUUUCUGGGAACAGAUGAUGAACUGUAGAAAACACAGCAGUCAACUAGAACAGUGAUUGGCAGCCUUUGGAUCAUGAAGGUUCAUUAUUGACCCUGGGAUCUACAUACCUCUAUAAAUUUUUAGUUAGGUGGCAGCCAUAGACAGGUUGCACCCAUAGACAGGUUGCACAGCACUGAUCUAAGACAUAUUAUAGCUUAUAAUUAUAUUUAAUCAUUAUACUAUAUUUUAUUAUAGCACUAUCAGAGUCCCUAGAUUACUAAGCCACAACACAUAGUCAAAUACUUCGCCAAAAAAGUCAAAUACUUCGCCAAAAAAUCUGGUUUGUAAAUUUCAGAGGUAGAUUUUUAAAAAAACAAUUAAAAAUAUUCCCCAGCACAUUCUCUAUUUAAAAGAUUUUGAGCCCGCAUGUGGUAGAUACAUAGAUAUAUUAAAAAUAUUUUGAGCCCGCAUGUGAUAGAUGCAUAAAUCUAUUAAAAAGAUUCUUUGCCUGCAUAUUGUAGAUAGAAUUAUAUUAGUUUUUGGUUUGUUUCUUUUUCUUAUGAUUAAAGUUUACAUUAGUUUUCUUUUCUCCUUAAAUGUUUAUUUUGUUAUUAUUGUUUAUCAAAUAUGAAGACUGAUUUAACAAGUUUGGUUUUAUCUUGACAUGGGUGAGAAUGGUUUACUACAUGACUUGUCCUUGCUUGUUAUCGUUUGACAUUCUAAACACUUGUUAACCUUUUAAGAUUCACUUAACAUAUCAUUUAAAGAUUUGCCUAAUUGUCAUGUUUGGAAUUUUAGUGUUUAUUUGAAUGUUUUGAAAAUUGUUCUGCAUUGCGUAUUUGUUCUGUUGAGUAGCGCUUAGUGAGUGCUUCAAAACAUUGAGGUAAAGAUUUGUCAUUGCUCUAGAAUGAAAGAAAUGCAUUUAGCUGUGACAUAAAUUAUCAUAACUGCCAGUGCUCUGGUUGGUCCAUUAAAUAUAUUGUCCUUUUCUUGAAUAGCUGUGAUAAAAAGUAAGCGAUCUUUCAGCUGGUCUGAAUCUUGUGAUGAGUUUACCAGGGUGGAAGACAACAAGGAUCCCAGAGAACGCGAAAUGGAGAGGGAGAAAACUCUUCACUACAACAACAGCCAGUAAGUAACCCUUCCAAGUAUUCUUUCCCCAAACACAGCAAGGAUUGUUCAAUCAAAACAGCACAAUUAAAAUAGUUUUUUUUCAAGAUAUGAGAUUUAUUUUUAUUCUCUUAAUUUUACUCAUUUAAUUUGAAUGUAGACUAACCUACAUUUUGCUAUUUAACUUUUAAGAAGAAUUACAAAAAAAUCUCAUCUAAAAAUUAAAUGAGAUGGGGUAAUAAACUUUUCUAUGAUAAGUGAUUGAGAACAGGUCUUUUUUGUGUUAACCAAGUAUUCUAACUGCUGAUGGCAAAACCAAGGUUAGCUGUAAGUUUAGGCAAAAAUCAACUAUGUAUCUUGCCAAAUUGCAUUGAUAUUUGCGAUUCCAAUAAAGUGAAACCACUCCAAGAUUGUGAAUGAUUUCCCCAAGUGACAAAUUACCAAAUUUCUUAAUAUAAGGAAACUCACCAGCUGUCCAUACAUAGGUGGUUGGUUUGGUCAUUGUGUGAACUUUGAUAUUCUGUUCUCUCCCCAUUACCCCAACAAAUGUUACAUUCAAAUUUUCUAAAACUGCCUUCUUAAAAAUCAUUUUUAUUUUUCCCUCAGGAUGCUGGACCCCGAGUUGAGGCCUCAGUAUGAACAAAUAAAAAAGGCUUAUGCUAAUAUUCUGUUCAAGUGGGGCUUGCUGAACGAGAGGGCCCACAUUCUCAAACACACAGACAGCACAGACACAGAGCAUCGGGUCAUAGGUGGGUCCACUGGUUUAGGUGCAUGAAUCUUGUCAUAGACUUUACUCAUUGACUUGUGCUCACCGGUUAUGACCUGAUUGACCUGAUGCGGCUUACUGGGGCCCUCCCCAGAUGUGACUAACUGGGACCCUCCCCAGAUGUGACUUACUGGGGCCCUCCCCAGAUGCAACUUACCGGGGCCCUCACCAGAUGUGACUUACUGGGGCCCUCCCCAGACUUACUGGGGCCCUCCCCAGAUGUGACUUACUGGGGCCUUCCCCAGAUGCGACUUACUGGGGUCCUCCCCAGACUUACUGGGGCCCUCCCCAGACUUACUGGGGCCCUCCCCAGAUGUGACUUACUGGGGUCCUUGCCAGAUGUGACUUACUGGGGCCCUCCCCAGAUGGGACUUACUGGGGCCCUCCCCAGAUGUGACUUACUGGGGCCCUCCCCAGAUGUGACUUACUGGGGCCCUCCCCAGAUGCGGGGGCCCUCCCCAGAUGCAACCUAAUUUUAUACUGACACACUCUUUCUUUCUUAAUUCACCAUAGAAACAAAUGGAAGCAUUUCUCAGACUUCAAGCAAUAACCACCAAGUUGGUGAGAUACAGCAUGGUAUUCUAUGUUAUUACAUUGUGUACCAUAAUAUUCUGUCUUGUUUCAUAGGUUAUUGGUAUCUAUAUGCAUACUGGUACCAAGUGAACAAAUAUUUUCUUGGCCAGAAGCCAUCAAUGUAAUUGUUUUCUUAACCAUUAUUUCUGGCUGUAUUUAUCUUGAGUUUUGUCUAAUUGAUCCAAUGGGGUGGGUGAGCUCAAAGUUCAGGUAUUUCAAUGGAAAAAAAGGGCAGUCAUGUAAACCAUAGAAAUGUGUCUUCUCAUUAGUUCCACAAAGUUUUAGACAUGUUUGUUGUACAACAUAAUAAGAAUAAACAAUGCUGGAUAAAGUCAAACGUGCAUGCCUUUCACAAACAAUUGGGAAUGGCUCAGUGGUUUAGCCAGGGUCAAAAGAAAAAAAGCUGCAUUUCUCCACAUACAAAGAAAAAAGCACCUCCACCCCCCCCCUUUCCUACACCGCUGAUAUUGUUAAAUCGCCGUACCUGUCAUCAGCAAAGUUUAACUUUAAAAAAAUAUUUAUUUCUCCAGAAUGUCGUGUUUCUUGUUUUAACUGUUCAGAGGAUGUUAGAGGUGCCCAAUGCCACAGGUGCAAGUAUCCAGCUUUGAGGUGUUCCAUAUGUCACAUAGGCGUCAGAGGUUAGUCACAUAGGGGUCAUAGGUUAGUCACAUAGGGGUCAGAGGUUAGUCACAUUAACAGAGUUGAGUUUUGAAAGCUGUUUACUAAGUGGAUUUUUUUUUUCGUAUUUUUCACAUUGUGUGUUUUUAAUUUUGUAAUAUAUUUACAGUGUACAAAUUUGAGUACUGUCAUGGCACUUAAGCCACAGGAACAGUGAUAAAAUUUUCUGUACUGUGUACCUGGUUUUAUUGUUUUUCUAUUUAGAAUCUUGUCCACAAUGUUGGGCCUGGUUUGCCCUGGUUCAUCAAAAUGAUGAUUUGCACAUGAGUUACAUGAGUCCAAAAUGGCCUCGUUGAUCAGAACCUUUGUUUAAUGAUCAUCUCAUCAAGGUCAAAUGGGGCUAAUGCCAAUUGUUUUGUUCAACAUCACCCUUAGUCAGUGUAGGAGGGAUUCAUGGACCAAGUCUACAAAUGGCAACUGGGAUCUUAACAGCUAGUCGCUACCUAAGUACUCUAAGAUAGUAGAUUUAUUAUGGGAAUUAGCACAAGUCACAUUUGGGAGCGUUUAGAAUUAUUUUUUUUUGUAAUAAACUUUAUUACUAUCAAUGAGUACAAGACCCUGUCAACAACUGCCAUUUCACUUUGACUUACUUUCAAAAUGCACAGCAUCAUAAUUCCUAAGUUCCCAUUUUGAACUUCUCUAUAGGCCUGUCCAUUAUUUGCCUGGCGUGUGGUGAUGGUGGCCACACCUCCCAUAUGAUGACCUGGUUCAGCCAACAGAGCGUCUGUCCAACUGGCUGUGGAUGCGUCUGCUUGCAGGAGAACACUUUCAGGAGUUUAACAGACCAGGGCUCGUAGCGCCAAUUGUCCAACAAACCGUUGGGUAAGGUGUGGACUAGAAGGGAUCCAGUGGUAGAAAAACUGGCACUAAUUUGGACUGCGUGAAACUAUUUUCAAGAGGAUGUAAUGUUUAUUUAUGUUUCAAUUUCCUCAAAGUUCAGCUCAGGUGUUGACAAGACAGUACCAGUACUCAAGGAUCUUGUUGAAAAGACAGUACCAGUACUCAGGAUCUUGUUUUGUCAAUAGAUUUACUUAUCUAGUCCAGAGAUGUCAUUGUGUUGUUACAUUGAAAUAGUCUUUUGAUCAUAUUUUUAUGAACUAGUCAUAACAAAAUCAAAAUAAUAGCAUUUCAGGCCGGGCAUAAUUCAUUUAGAGGAAUUGUUAACCAUUAGGCAUAACAUAGAAAAAAAACUAAAACAUUAAAAUGUUUAAGUUCAGUGAAACCUUGACAGAAUGCUUUAAUUGGCAGCAACUAAAUCAGAUAACAUUUAUAAUGUUGGGAUUUUAACCCAAAAAAACAGGAAGGAGGUGAUUUUGUUUUGAAAAUUGGAUGUUUUAUCUCUUGGGGUUAGUUAGCUAUGAAAUUAUUGAAAUAUUGUAAUCAAAUUCAUGCACAAAUGAAUUUAUGAUAUUUCAGGAGCCAUGCUAUGAUCACAUAAUUUCUGAAUUCGCUUUAUCACAAGUGCAGGUUCCAUAAUUUCAGCAUUAAUUUUUACUUGAAUCUCAAUAAAUGACUAGGAGAAAGAGCUUCUUGUGACAUUCAUGCAAUACUAAUGAAAUGUCAUGACAUUCAUGCUACACUAAUGAAAUUUCAGGACAUUCAUGCUACACUAAUGAAAUGUCAGGACAUUCAUGCCACACUAAUGAAAUGUUAGGACAUUCAUGCCACACUAAUGAAAUGUCAGGACAUUCAUUCUUCACUAAUGAAAUGUCAGUACUUAAGCAAUAUUUUUUGAAUAUCCCAAAAAUUACUGGUAACCUGUCUUCAUUUCUUAAAAGUUGCAUUUAGGUGCCAACCAUGUAUUAGACCAGUGGUCCCCAAAUAGCGGUCCGUGGACCUUCACCUGUCCGCAUGCCUAACGCUGCCGGUCCCCAUAACAUAAAUAUUUAUUGUCAAAUAGAAAUAAAAGUAUAAAAAUAAAUCAUGCACCGGUCCCUGGUAAAAUUUCAAAACUUGUUCACCUGUCCGCCAAACUUAACGUUUGGGAGCCACUGUAUUAGACAAUAUGAAUUAAUUUUUUUUUUAGAGGGUUCGGGUGCUUGGUAGGAGCUUUUGCUUACAGUUAUAAGGAGAAGUCUCAACUAAUUCACACAUAAUAAAGGAUUUAUGGGCCAAUAGGAAUUUGAAAAUCUUUGGGUUAAUAUUUACUUGAAUAUUUCUGGGUAGAAAUAAAAGUUGCCUAAAACUCAAAUGCGUGGACUUGGAAUAUUUAAAUGUCAAAUAGAAAUGAAAAGCAGAUGUAAAAAUCAAUAUGAAAAUCUCCUUUACUUUUAUUUUACAACCAUUCAGUUCAACCCUGUGAUAUUAAUUCAUUGAUGAAAUGAAUGGCUCUGGUACAAGUACAAUGACAUCAGAGCCUAGAAAUACUUGAAUGAAGCUGCUUUGGUGGAUUGUUGAAUAAUUAUAAUUCAAAUAACCAGGAGGCCAAUGUUAUUUUAUUUUCAACUUUCUCACUGUUAAUUUCUUGUUGAUAUUUUUGAAAUAUAUUUGACAAAUGGAUUUAAAGAAUGACAAAUAUUAUUGAGUCAAAC